AUGCUCAUCUUCCAGUCACGUGUCCUAGACUGCCGCAACCCGCCUCACCAAUUUCAACUGUUUUAUUUCGUUAACAGCAGCAAAACGGCCCCUGUGAUCAAGCGGAGAAUUGAGCCCCUGGAGGUGGCUCUGGGUCACCUGGCCAAAUUCACCUGUGAGAUCCAAGGUGCCCCCAACGUCCGGUUCCAGUGGUUCAAAGCCGGCAGAGAGAUCUACGAUAGUGACAAGUGUUCCAUUCGGUCUUCGAAUUACGUCUCCAGCCUGGAAAUCCUGAGGACCCAGGUUGUGGACUGCGGCGAGUACACCUGCAAAGCUUCCAACGAGUAUGGCAGUGUCAGCUGCACGGCCACGCUCACGGUCACAGAGGCCUAUCCACCAACCUUUCUCUCCAGACCCAAGUCCCUUACAGCCUUCGUGGGUAAGACAGCCAAGUUCCUCUGCACAGUGUCAGGGACUCCCGUGAUCGAGACCAUCUGGCAGAAAGACGGCAGUGCCCUUUCACCGUCGCCUACCUGCCGGAUCACGGACGCAGACAACAAACACAGUUUAGAGCUCUCCAACCUUGCCGUUCAGGACAGGGGGGUUUACUCUUGUAAGGCUUCCAACAAAUUUGGAGCCGAUAUCUGCCAGGCAGAGUUGACCAUCAUUGACAAACCCCACUUCAUUAAGGAGUUAGAGACUGUGCAGUCGGCCAUCAAUAAGAAGAUCCACCUCGAGUGCCAAGUAGAUGAAGACAGGAAAGUUACGGUCACGUGGAGCAAGGACGGUCAAAAACUGCCGGCUGGGAAAGAUUACAAGAUCUACUUUGAAGAUAAAAUAGCGUCGCUUGAGAUUCCUCUAGCCAAACUAAAAGAUUCUGGGACCUAUACGUGUACAGCUUCUAAUGAGGCUGGAAGCAGCUCCUCAUCCGCCACAGUCACUGUGAGAGAACCACCGUCCUUCGUGAAGAAGGUCGAUCCCUCUUACUUAAUGCUCCCGGGUGAAUCAGCACGCCUCCAUUGCAAGCUGAAAGGCUCCCCUGUCAUCCAGGUCACCUGGUUCAAGAAUAACAAAGAGCUUAGUGAAAGCAAUACAGUCCGAAUGUCUUUUGUGAACAAUUCUGAGGCGAUCCUCGACAUCACUGAUGUCAAGGUCGACGACAGUGGGACCUAUUCCUGCGAAGCCACCAAUGACGUGGGCAGUGACAGUUGCAGCACGGAAGUAGUUAUCAAAGAACCGCCUUCGUUCAUCAAAGUGCUUGAGCCCGCAGACAUAGUGCGCGGGGCGAAUGCGCUCCUUCAGUGUGAAAUCGCAGGCACGGGGCCCUUUGAAAUUAGCUGGUUUAAAGAUAAGAAGCAAAUUCGAAGUAGUAAAAAGUACAGGGUGUUCGCUCAGAAGUCUUUUGUGUUUCUGGAAAUCGCAUCUUUCAAUAGCGCGGAUGUGGGUGAUUACGAAUGCGUAGUCGCUAACGAAGUUGGAAAGUGUGGCUGCGUCGCGACACACUUACUGAAAGAACCACCAACCUUCGUCAAGAAAGUUGACGAUUUUACAGCCCUAGCAGGACAAACCGUUAUCUUACAAGCUGCCGUGAGAGGCUCAGAACCCAUUUCUGUCACGUGGAUGAAAGGCCAAGAAGUCGUUAAAGAAGACGGGAAAAUUAAAAUGAGCUUUGCUAAUGGAGUUGCAGUGUUGACCAUCCCCGAUGUGCAGAUUAGUCUUGGUGGCAAAUACACAUGCCUGGCCGAAAACGAAGCCGGCAGUCAGACGUCUGUUGGGGAGUUAGUAGUUAAAGAACCUGCCAAAAUCAUCGAGCGAGCCGAACUGAUCCAAGUGACCGCAGGGGACCCAGCCACCCUGGAGUACACGGUGUCAGGCACCCCAGAACUCAAGCCCAAGUGGUACAGAGACGGCAGGCCCUUGGCUGCUAGUAAAAAGUACCGGAUCAGUUUCAAAAAUAACAUUGCCCAGCUGAAAUUUUACUCGGCAGAGCUGCACGAUAGUGGCCAGUACACAUUUGAGAUUUCCAACGAAGUGGGCAGCAGUUCCUGUGAGACCACGUUUACUGUGUUAGAUCGAGACAUCCCUCCGUUUUUCACCAAACCCUUACGUAACGUGGACAGCGUCGUUAGCGGUACCUGCAGGUUAGACUGCAGAAUCGCUGGCUCCCUCCCCAUGAGGGUCUCCUGGUUUAAGGACAGCAAGGAAGUCGCUGCGUCGGACAGAUACCAGAUCGCGUUUGUGGAGGGCACGGCCUCUUUGGAGAUCAGCAGGGUAGACAUGAGCGAUGCAGGGAAUUUCACCUGUCGGGCCACAAACUCCGUGGGGAGCAAAGACAGCAGCGGAGCCCUGAUUGUGCAAGAACCACCCAGCUUUGUAAGUAAGCCAGGGUCUAGGGAUGUCCUGCCUGGGUCAGCAGUCUGCCUGAAGAGCACUUUCCAAGGAUCCACGCCGCUCACCAUCACAUGGUUUAAGGGUGACAAACAGCUGGUGUCUGGCGGAAGCUGCUAUAUCACCAAAGAAGCUCUAGAGAGCUCCCUGGAGCUCUAUGCUGUGAAAACCUCAGAUUCGGGCACAUACACGUGCAAAGUCAGCAACGUUGCCGGCAGUGUGGAGUGCAGUGCAGACGUGUUUGUGAAAGAACCUGCGACGUUUGUGGAAAAGUUAGAGCCCUCACAGCUGCUCAAGAAGGGAGAUGCCACUCAGCUAGCCUGCAGAGUCACGGGCACCCCUCCGAUUAAGAUCACAUGGUUUGCCAAUGACAGAGAGCUGAGAGAGAGCAGCAAGCACAAAAUGUCUUUUGUGGAGUCCACCGCAGUCUUAAGGCUUACAGACGUGGCCAUUGAAGACAGUGGGGAAUACAUGUGUGAAGCCCAAAACGAGGCUGGCAGUGACCACUGCACUAGCAUGGUCAUAGUCAAAGAAUCGCCUUAUUUUACCAAGGAGUUUAAGCCCAUGGAAGUCUUAAAGGAGUACGAUGUCAUGCUACUGGCUGAGGUGGCAGGCACCCCUCCCUUCGAGAUCACUUGGUUCAAAGACAACAUGACCCUGAGGAGUGGUAGGAAAUAUAAAACCUUCAUUCAGGACCAGCUGGUUAGCCUGCAGAUCCUCAAGUUUGUAGGCACAGAUGCGGGUGAAUACCAGUGCCGGGUAACCAACGAGGUGGGCAGCAGCACCUGCAGUGCCAGGGUAACACUAAGAGAACCCCCAUCCUUCAUUAAGAAGAUCGAGACCACCAGCUCCCUCCGUGGAGGCACAGCUGCCUUCCAGGCCACUCUCAAAGGCUCCCUGCCCAUCGCCGUGACUUGGUUGAAAGACAACGAAGAGAUCACGGAAGACGACAGUAUAAGAAUGACGUUUGAGAACAACGUGGCUAGUCUCUACCUGAGUGGCAUCGAAGUCAAGCACGAUGGGAAAUACGUCUGUCAAGCCAAAAACGAUGCAGGCAUCCAGAGGUGUUCUGCUUUGCUCUCAGUCAAAGAACCUGCGACAAUAACAGAGGAGGCCGUGUCCAUAGAUGUCACCCAAGGAGACCCAGCCACUUUGCAAGUUAAAUUUUCAGGGACUAAGGAGAUCAUAGCCAAAUGGUUUAAAGAUGGCCAAGAACUUACCCUGGGUCCGAAAUACAAAAUUAGUGUCACCGACACAGUCUCAAUACUGAAGAUUAUCUCCACAGAGAAGAAAGAUAGUGGAGAAUAUACUUUUGAGGUCCAAAAUGAUGUGGGGAGAAGCAGCUGCAAGGCUAGAAUUAACGUCUUAGAUCUUAUUAUACCUCCCUCGUUCACCAAGAAACUACGGAAAAUGGACAGUAUCAAAGGAUCUUUUAUUGACUUGGAGUGCAUAGUGGCCGGCUCACAUCCCAUCAGCAUCCAGUGGUUCAAAGACGACCAAGAAAUCUCAGCUAGUGACAAAUACAAAUUCUCUUUCCAUGACAACACUGCCUUCUUAGAGAUAAGUCAGCUUGAAGGCACAGAUAGUGGCACGUACUCUUGUUCCGCCACCAACAAGGCAGGCCACAGCCAGUGCAGCGGUCACCUGACCGUCAAAGUCCCAGAACCCCCUUACUUUGUGGAGAAGCCACAGUCACAAGACGUGAAUCCCAGCACGAGGGUUCAGUUGAAGGCUCUUGUGGGUGGCACGACACCCAUGGCAAUAAAGUGGUUCAAAGAUAACAAAGAGCUGUACCCCGGGGCGGCCCGCUCGGUUUGGAAGGACGACACCUCCACCAUUCUGGAGCUCUUUUCAGCCAAGGCUGCCGACUCCGGGACCUACAUUUGCCAGCUGAGCAACGAUGUUGGCACAGCAAGCAGCAAAGCCACCCUCUUUGUGAAAGAACCUCCUCAGUUUAUCAAGAAGCCCAGCCCAGUGUUAGUGCUGAGGAACGGACAGUCAACCACAUUUGAGUGCCAAGUGACAGGCACUCCAGAAAUCAGAGUUUCUUGGUAUCUGGAUGGGAACGAAAUAACAGAUCUUAGGAAAUACGGCAUUUCCUUCGUGGAUGGUUUAGCCACCUUCCAGCUCUCUAAUGCCAGGGUAGACAACAGCGGGACUUACGUCUGUGAGGCUCGAAAUGAUGCGGGCACCGCGAGCUGCAGCGUCGAACUCAAAGUGAAAGAGCCCCCCACCUUUAUCCGGGAGCUGGAGCCUGCGGAGGUAGUGAAGGACAGUGAUGUGGAGCUGGAGUGUGAAGUCAUGGGGACAACGCCCCUCGAAGUCACCUGGCUGAAGAACGGCAAGGAAAUCAGAAGCGGCAAGAAGUACACAAUGUCUGAGAAAAUGUCUGUGUUUUAUCUGCACAUAACCAAGUGUGACCCCUCCGAUGUGGGUGAAUAUCAGUGCAUCAUAGCCAAUGAAGGAGGCAGCUGCUCUUGUAGCGCUCGCGUUGCCUUGAAAGAGCCGCCGUCCUUUAUCAAGAAGAUUGAAAAUGUCACCACCGUCUUGAAGAGCUCGGCUACCUUUCAGAGUACUGUCGCAGGCUCGCCCCCGAUUUCUAUAACUUGGCUGAAGGACGACCAGAUUCUUGAGGAAAGUGACAAUGUCCAUAUUUCAUUUGUGGACAACGUAGCCACGCUUCAAGUCCGGAGUAUAGAUAAUGGCCACAGUGGGCGGUACACAUGCCAAGCCAAGAACGAGUCGGGAGUUGAGAGGUGCUACGCUUUCCUUCUAGUGCAAGAACCUGCUCAAAUCAUAGAGAAAGCUAAGUCAGUUGAUGUUACCGAGAAAGACCCGGUCACCCUGGAGUGUGUGGUAGCCGGAACACCAGAACUCAAAGUCAAAUGGCUUAAAGACGGGAAGCAAAUUGUACCCAGUAGAUACUUCUCAAUGAGCUUUGAAAACAAUGUGGCCAGCUUUAGGAUUCAGUCGGUCAUGAAACAAGACAGUGGGCAGUACACGUUCAAGGUGGAAAAUGACUUCGGAAGCAGUAGCUGCGAUGCCUACCUAAGAGUGUUAGACCAAGAUAUUCCCCCAUCGUUCACCAAAAAGUUAACCAAGAUGGAUAAAGUUCUGGGCUCUUCUAUUCAAAUGGAGUGCAAGGUUUCGGGAUCACUUCCUAUCAGUGCUCAGUGGUUUAAGGAUGGAAAAGAAAUAUCUACAAGUGCAAAAUACAGACUCGUUUGUCACGAGAACACCGUGUCGCUGGAAGUGAGCCCUCUGGAGCUAGAAGACACUGCGAAUUACACCUGCAAGGUGUCCAAUGUGGCAGGAGAUGCUGCCUGCAGUGGCAUCUUAACCGUGAAAGAACCACCAAGCUUCCUAGAGAAACCUGAGCGGCAGCAAGCCAUACCUGACUCUACAGUGGAAUUUAAGGCUGUGCUGAAAGGAACACCGCCAUUCAAAAUUAAGUGGCUCAAGGAUAAUGUGGAACUUGUCUCAGGACCGAAAUGCUUCAUUGGCCUAGAGGGGUCAACGAGCUUCUUAAAUCUCUACUCAGUGGAUGCUUCCAAGACGGGCCAAUAUACUUGCCAAGUUACCAAUGACGUUGGUAGCGACUCUUGCACUACAAUGUUGCUUGUGACAGAACCACCGAAGUUUGUAAAGAAAUUGGAAGCAUCCAAAAUAGUAAAAGCCGGUGACUCCACUCGCCUGGAGUGCAAGAUCACUGGCUCUCCAGAAAUCCGAGUUGUGUGGUACAGAAAUGAGCAUGAACUCACGGCCAGUGACAAGUACCAAAUGACGUUCAUCGACUCGGUGGCAGUCAUACAGAUGAACGGCCUCGGGACAGAGGACAGCGGAGAUUUUAUCCUUGAGGCUCAGAAUCCUGCUGGCAGCACCAGCUGCAGCACCAAGGUUAUAGUAAAAGAGCCACCCGUUUUUAGCAGCUUCCCUCUUGUAGUAGAAACCCUUAAGAACACAGAAGUUAGUCUUGAAUGCGAGCUUUCAGGAACACCGCCGUUUGAGGUGGUGUGGUUUAAAGAUAAGCGCCAACUCCGAAGCAGCAAGAAGUACAAGAUCGCAUCUAAGAAUUUCCACGCCAGCAUCCACAUCCUCAACGUGGAAUCUGCGGACAUCGGCGAGUACCACUGCAAAGCCCAGAAUGAAGUGGGCUCCGACACCUGUGUCUGCGCUAUAAAACUAAAAGAACCACCAAAAUUCAUUUCCAAGCUGAGCAGCCUCACGGUGGUGGCUGGAGAGCCUGCCGAGCUGCAAGCAUCCAUAGAAGGCGCCCAGCCUAUUUCUGUCCAGUGGCUUAAAGAGAAAGAAGUGGUCAGAGAGAGCGAGAACGUUAGAAUUUCGUUCGUGGACAAUGUGGCGACUCUGCAGUUCGCUAAAGCGGAGCCGGCUAACGCUGGGAAGUACAUCUGCCAAGCCAAGAACGACGGUGGAGUGAGGGAGAACAUGGCCACACUGACCGUCUUAGAGCCUGCAGUCAUUGUAGAGAAGGCAGGCUCCAUGACGGUGACUGUGGGAGAAACAUGCACCCUGGAGUGUAAGGUGGCUGGCACUCCCGAGCUCUCUGUGGAGUGGUACAAGGAUGGGAAGCUCUUGACCAGUAGCCAAAAGCACAAAUUCAGCUUCUACAACAAAAUGUCUUCCUUAAAAAUUCUCUCGGUUGACAAGGAAGACGCAGGCACCUACACGUUCCAGGUUCAAAACAACGUCGGGAAAAGCAGCUGCACUGCUGUGGUGGAUGUAUCAGACCGAAUGGUUCCUCCCUCUUUCACACGGAGACUGAAGGAUACCGGUGGGGUCCUGGGCACUUCUUGCGUCUUGGAAUGUAAAGUGGCUGGGUCGUCCCCUAUCUCCAUCGCCUGGUUUCAUGAGAAGACUAAGAUUGUCAGUGGAGCGAAGUACCAGACGACGUUUUCAGAUAACGUCUGCACGUUACAGCUGAACUCUCUGGAUUCAUCGGAUGUGGGCAGUUACACGUGCGUGGCUGCUAACGUGGCCGGCUCUGAUGAGUGUCGUGCCACACUGACUGUACAAGAGCCGCCCUCUUUUGUGAGAGAGCCUGAACCACUGGAAGUCCUUCCGGGCAAAAACGUCACCUUCACAAGCGUCAUCAGAGGAACCCCUCCAUUCAAGGUCGGCUGGUUUAGGGGUGCCAGAGAACUGGUGAAGGGAGACAGGUGCAACAUCUAUUUUGAGGAUACCGUGGCAGAACUGGAAUUAUUUAAUACUGAUGUAUCUCAGAGUGGAGAGUACACCUGUGUGGUUUCUAAUGAUGCUGGCCGGGCAUCCUGCACUACACAUCUCUUUGUGAAAGAGCCAGCCACGUUUGUAAAGAAACUAAGUGACCACUCUGUGGAACCCGGGAAGUCUGUCAUUCUGGAGGGUACCUAUACUGGAACACUUCCAAUUUCUGUCACCUGGAAAAAAGAUGGUAUUGGCAUAACUCCGUCGGAAAGAUGCAGCAUCGUCACCACAGAGAAAACAUGCAUCCUGGAGAUCCUGAGCAGCACAAAGGGGGACGCAGGGCGCUACUCCUGUGAGAUUGAGAACGAGGCAGGAAGGGAUGUUUGCGAAGCUCUGGUGUCUACCUUAGAACCGCCUUAUUUCGUUACGGAAUUAGAGCCUCUGGAGGCGGCAGUUGGAGACUCGGCUUCCUUGCAAUGCCAAGUAGCUGGGACACCAGAAAUUACAGUGUCUUGGUUCAAAGGAGACACCAAGUUAAGGUCAACUCCAGAAUACAGGACCUACUUUACAAACAACGUGGCCACCCUUGUCUUUAACAAAGUGAGCAUCAAUGACGGCGGGGAAUACACAUGCAUGGCGGAAAACAGCAUAGGAACGGCAGCCUCUAAGACGGUCCUCAGAAUUCAAGAGCGCCAGCUCCCACCGUCCUUUGCAAGACAAUUAAAGGACAUUGAGCAAACUGUUGGGUUACCAGUUACACUCACUUGCCGCCUGAAUGGCUCUGCACCCAUCCAAGUGUGCUGGUAUAGAGACGGGGUGCUUUUAAGAGAUGAUGAAAAUCUACAGACGUCAUUCGUGGAUAAUGUGGCGACGUUAAAAGUUUUGCAGACUGACUUGAGCCACUCUGGCCAGUAUUCUUGCUCUGCCUCCAAUCCACUCGGCACCGCCGCGUCGACUGCUAGACUGUCGGCAAGAGAACCUAAGAAAUCCCCCUUCUUUGAUAUCAAGCCGGUAUCAAUAGAUGUCAUUGCCGGAGAAAGUGCAGAUUUUGAAUGUCAUGUUACCGGUGCCCAACCGAUGCGAAUCACUUGGUCAAAAGAUAACAAGGAAAUCCGACCUGGAGGAAACUAUACUAUCACGUGUGUGGGGAACACUCCCCAUCUGAGGAUUCUUAAAGUGGGCAAAGGAGACUCUGGUCAAUACACUUGUCAAGCAACCAAUGACGUUGGCAAAGACAUGUGCUCUGCCCAGCUGAGUGUAAAAGAACCUCCCAAGUUUGUUAAGAAAUUAGACCCUUCGAAAGUCGCGAAGCAGGGAGAAUCCAUCCAACUGGAGUGUAAGAUCAGCGGCUCCCCAGAAAUCAAAGUCUCUUGGUUCCGGAAUGACAACGAACUUCACGAAAGCUGGAAAUACAACAUGUCCUUUGUGAAUUCUGUGGCACUGCUUACCAUCAACGAGGCUAGUGCUGAGGACAGUGGUGACUACAUCUGUGAAGCUCAUAAUGGCGUUGGUGACGCCAGCUGCAGCACAGCCCUGAAAGUUAAAGCACCUCCUGUUUUUACCCAGAAGCCUCCUCCAGUCGGAGCCCUGAAAGGUUCUGAUGUGAUCCUCCAGUGUGAAAUUUCGGGAACGCCCCCUUUCGAAGUGGUGUGGGUUAAAGACAGAAAGCAAGUUCGAAGCAGCAAGAAAUUUAAAAUCACCUCCAAAAACUUCGACACGAGUCUUCAUAUCUUUAGUCUUGAAGCCGCUGACAUAGGGGAAUAUCACUGCAAAGCCACCAAUGAGGUGGGAAGUGACACUUGUGUUUGCGCUGUCAAGUUCAAAGAACCACCACGGUUUGUGAAGAAGCUCAGUGACACAUCCACCCUUAUCGGGGAGCCUGUGGAACUGCAAGCUGUGGUGGAAGGUUUCCAGCCGAUUUCUGUCGUCUGGCUGAAAGAUAAAGGUGAUGUCAUCAGAGAGAGUGAGAACAUUAGGAUUUCCUUCGUCGAUAACAUCGCGACACUCCAACUGGGAAGUCCAGAAGCAUCCCAUUCUGGAAAAUACGUGUGCCAGAUCAAAAAUGAUGCUGGCAUGAGGGACUGUUCGGCAGUCUUGACUGUACUAGAACCAGCCAGAAUUGUAGAGAAACCAGAACCCCUGACUGUCACCACUGGAAAUCCCUUCACGUUGGAAUGUCUUGUAGCUGGGACUCCAGAACUAAAAGCCAAGUGGUUCAAGGACGGGAGAGAACUCUCCGCAGGCAGCAGACAUCACAUAACAUUCGUGAGGAACCUGGCUUCCCUGAAGAUCCCCUCUGCAGAGAUGAACGACAAGGGCUUGUAUACCUUUGAGGUGGAGAACAGUGUGGGCAAAAGCAGCUGCACCGUCUCUGUCCACAUCUCGGAUCGCAUUGUCCCGCCCUCCUUCAUCCGGAAGCUGAAAGACACCAAUGCCACCAUCGGAGCCUCGAUUGUUUUGGAGUGCCGAGUGUCCGGCUCGGCCCCAAUUUCAGUCGGCUGGUUUCUGGAUGGAAGCGAGAUCGGUGGUAGUCCCAAGUGUCAGCCCAGCUUUUCGGAUAAUGUCUGUACUUUGAGUCUGAACUCGCUGGAACCCUCCGACACCGGCACUUAUACGUGCGUGGCUGCCAAUGUAGCCGGCCAGGAUGAAAGCUCUGCCGUGCUGACUGUCCAAGAACCGCCAUCUUUUGAACAAACUCCUGAUUCUGUGGAAGUUUUGCCUGGAAUGAGCCUGACCUUCACCAGUGUCAUUAGAGGCACCCCUCCCUUCAAGGUCAAGUGGUUUAAGGGCAGCAGGGAACUGGUGUCAGGGGACUCGUGCACCAUUUCCUUGGAAGACUUCGUCACCGAGCUGGAGCUGCUGGAGGUGGAGCCACUGCAGAGCGGAGAUUAUUCUUGCCUUGUGACCAACGAUGCCGGCAGCGCUUCUUGUACCACGCACCUCUUUGUGAAAGAGCCAGCCACUUUUGUGAAGAGAUUGACGGACACCAGUGUGGAGACAGGCAGCCCCAUCGUUCUGGAGGCGACUUACACCGGCACACCUCCCAUCUCCGUGAGCUGGAUGAAGAACGAAUACGCUCUGGCGCAGUCUCCCAACUGCAGUAUUACAACAACAGAAAAGUCCAGCAUCCUGGAAAUUCUUGAAAGCUCGAUAGAGGACUAUGCCCAGUACGCUUGCCUCAUAGAAAACGAAGCUGGGCAAGAUAUCUGCGAAGCUCUCGUGUCUGUCUUAGAACCGCCUUACUUUAUCGAACCCCUGGAACAUGUGGAAGCAGCUAUCGGGGAGCCCACAACUUUACAGUGUAAAGUGGAUGGGACCCCAGAAAUCAGGAUUUCUUGGUAUAAAGAACACACAAAGCUACGGUCAGCUCCUGCAUAUAAGAUGCAAUUCAAGAACAAUGUUGCCUCUUUAGUCAUCAACAAGGUGGACCAGAGCGAUGUGGGAGAGUAUACAUGCAAGGCAGAAAACAGUGUGGGGGCCGUUGCUUCUUCCGCUGUGCUGGUUAUCAAAGAGCGUAAACUUCCACCUACGUUUGUGAGAAAACUGAAAGACGUCCACGAGACUCUGGGCUUCCCGGUUGCCUUUGAGUGCCGGAUCAACGGCUCGGAACCUCUUCAGGUGUCUUGGUACAAGGAUGGCGUACUUUUAAAAGAUGAUUCUAAUUUGCAGAUGUCUUUUGUGCAUCAUGUGGCCACUCUGCAGAUUUUGCAGACUGACCAGAGCCACGUUGGUCAGUACAAUUGCUCAGCUUCCAACCCUCUUGGGACCGCUUCAUCAAGCGCCAAGCUCGUCCUCUCAGAGCACGAAGUGCCUCCCUUCUUUGAUUUGAAGCCAGUGUCGGUAGAGCUGGCUCUUGGGGAAAGUGGCUCUUUUAAAUGUCACGUCACGGGAACCGCGCCAAUCAAAAUCACCUGGGCCAAGGACAACCGUGAGAUUCGCCCUGGGGGCAACUACAAGAUGACCCUGGUUGAAAACACUGCCACGCUGACCGUGCUCAAAGUAGCCAAAGGUGACGCAGGGCAGUAUACGUGCUACGCGAGCAACGUUGCCGGAAAGGACUCUUGUUCUGCUCAGCUGGGUGUCCAAGAACCACCCAGGUUCAUUAAGAAGCUAGACCCAUCACGAAUCCUGAAGCAACAUGAGUUUACCAGAUAUGAAUGCAAAAUAGGCGGGUCUCCAGAAAUCAAGGUUUCGUGGUACAAGGACGAGGUUGAAAUUCAAGAAAGCAGCAAGUUCAGAAUGUCGUUCGAGGACUCGGUGGCAGUGCUGGAGAUGCACGGUCUCAGUGUGGAAGACAGCGGGGAUUACACGUGCGAGGCUCGCAAUGCAGCAGGGAGCGCCAGCAGCAGCACCUCCCUGAAGGUUAAAGAACCACCAGUGUUCCGCAAGAAGCCUUUUCCUGUCGAGACCCUCAAAGGAGCUGAUGUUCACCUAGAAUGCGAGCUGCAGGGCACGCCUCCCUUUCAAGUUUCUUGGCACAAAGACAAGAGAGAACUCAGGAGUGGCAAGAAGUACAAGAUCAUGUCUGAGAACUUGCUCACAAGCAUCCACAUCCUGAACGUAGACACCGCUGACAUCGGGGAGUACCACUGCAGAGCCACCAAUGACGUCGGGAGUGACACUUGCAUUGGCUCCGUCACUCUGAAAGCGGCACCACGGUUUGUGAAGAAGCUCAGUGACAUUUCCACCAUCGUUGGCAAAGAAGUCCAGCUGCAGGCAACAGUUGAAGGCGCUGAGCCCAUUUCAGUGGCAUGGUUCAAGGACAAAGGGGAAAUAGUUAGAGAAAGCGACAACGUGUGGAUUUCUUAUUCCGAAAACAUUGCAACCCUACAGUUUUCCAGAGCAGAACCAGCCAAUUCUGGGAAAUACACCUGCCAGAUCAGAAACGAUGCGGGCAUGCAGGAGUGCCACGCCACGCUGUCUGUUCUCGAGCCUGCAGCAAUCGUGGAAAAGCCAGAAUCCGUUAAGGUCACUGCAGGAGACACCUGUACCUUGGAGUGUACAGUGUCUGGAACGCCUGAACUCAGUACCAAGUGGCUGAAGGAUGGAAAGGAACUCACGAGUGACAGCAAAUACAAGAUAAGCUUCUUCAACAAAGUAUCAGGCCUGAAAAUCAUCAACGUGGCACCUGGUGACAGUGGGAUAUACAGCUUUGAGGUGCAAAAUCCUGUGGGCAAAGACAGCUGCACGGUCUCGAUUCAAGUUUCAGAUCGAGUUAUCCCUCCUUCGUUCACAAGAAAACUGAAGGAGACGAACGGUCUGUCCGGUUCCUCCGUUGUGAUGGAGUGCAAAGUCUACGGGUCACCCCCGAUCUCCGUCGUGUGGUUCCAUGAUGGGAACGAGAUCAGCAGUGGCCGGAAAUACCAGACCACACUGACAGACAACACAUGUGCCCUCACUGUGAACAUGCUGGAAGAAUCCGACGCUGGCGACUACACGUGCAUAGCGACCAAUGUGGCCGGCUCUGAUGAAUGUAGUGCCCCUCUGGCAGUGAGAGAGCCACCAUCCUUUGUUCAGAAACCUGACCCCGUGGAUGUCUUAACCGGCAGUAAUGUCACCUUCACAAGCAUUGUGAAAGGAACACCUCCCUUCAGUGUGAGCUGGUUCAAAGGGAGCAGCGAGCUUGUGCCUGGGGCCAGGUGCAAUGUGUCUCUGCAGGACUCAGUGGCGGAACUGGAGUUGUUUGACGUGGACACAUCCCAAAGUGGAGAGUACACUUGUAUAGUUAGUAACGAGGCUGGCAGGGCUUCCUGUACAACACAUCUCUUCGUAAAAGCUCCAGCCAUAUUUGUGAAGAGACUCAAUGAUUACAGUAUAGAGAAAGGCAAGCCCCUGAUCCUCGAAGGGACCUUCUCUGGGACUCCUCCCAUCUCUGUGACGUGGAAGAAAAAUGGUAUAAAUGUCACUCCUUCCCAACGGUGUAAUAUCACCACCACCGAAAAGUCCGCCAUCCUAGAGAUUCUGAGCAGCACUGUGGACGAUGCGGGCCAAUACAACUGCUACAUUGAAAACGCUUCCGGCAAGGAUUCCUGCUCUGCCCAGAUCCUGAUACUAGAACCACCCUAUUUUGUCAGGCAGUUGGAGCCUGUGAAGGUGACAGUCGGCGAUUCUGCCUCUUUGCAAUGCCAGCUUGGCGGGACGCCUGAAAUCGGGGUCUCCUGGUAUAAAGGCGACACAAAGCUGAGGCCCACUGCCACCUGCAAAAUGCAUUUCAAAAACAACGUGGCUACGCUGGUUUUCACCCAGGUUGACGGCAGCGACAGCGGAGAAUAUAUCUGCAGGGCUGAGAACAGCGUGGGAGAUGUAUCUUCAUCAACUUUCCUGACUGUUCAAGAGCAAAAGCUUCCGCCGUCAUUUUCUCGGCAACUGAGAGAUGUGCAGGAAACCGUGGGGUUGCCAGUGGUUUUUGAAUGCGCCAUAAAUGGAUCAGAGCCCAUCUCCGUGUCUUGGUUCAAAGACGGCAAACCACUGAAAGACAGCCCAAAUGUGCAAACAUCCUUUUUAGACAACAUCGCCACUCUGAACAUCUUUAAAACAGACAGGAGUCUUGCAGGCCAGUACUCUUGCACUGCCACAAAUCCCGUGGGCUCUGCUUCAUCUGGUGCCAAACUCAUUCUCACAGAGGGGAAGAAUCCACCCUUCUUCGAUAUUCCUCUGACCCCCGUGGAUGCUGUGGUAGGAGAGAGCGCAGACUUGGAGUGCCAUGUGACAGGAACACCGCCCAUCAAAGUCAGCUGGGCCAAGGACAACAGAGAGAUUCGAAGUGGUGGGAACUACCAGAUCAGUUAUCUGGAAAACAGCGCACACCUGACCAUCGUCAAAGUGGACAAAGGCGACUCUGGACAGUACACCUGCCAUGCUGUGAACGAAGUGGGAAAGGACUCCUGCACAGCCCAGCUUAACAUCAAAGAGCGCCUAAUCCCGCCAAGUUUCACUAAAAAACUCUCUGAGACAGUGGAAGAGACGGAAGGGAAUUCAUUCAAACUGGAAGGGCGCGUGGCAGGUUCCCAGCCUAUAACUGUUGCUUGGUACAAAAAUAAUGUAGAGAUCCAUCCGACUUCCAACUGUGAGAUCACGUUCAAGAACAAUGCACUGUUGCUACAAGUCAAGAGAGCAAGCAUGGCCGACGCAGGCUUAUACACCUGCAAGGCAACAAACGAUGCAGGCUCUGCUCUGUGCACAUCUUCCAUUGUCAUCAAAGAGCCUAAGAAGCCGCCUGUGUUCGACCAACACCUCACUCCGGUAACAGCCACCGAAGGAGACUUUGUGCAGCUCAGCUGCCACGUGCAGGGAUCAGAGCCCAUUCGGAUCCAGUGGGUGAAAGCCGGCAGGGAGAUCAAGCCUUCGGACAGAUGCAGCUUCAGCUUCGCUAGUGGGAUGGCUGUGCUGGAACUCAAGGAGACUGUUAAAGCAGAUUCAGGAGAUUACGUGUGCAAGGCUUCCAACGUGGCCGGAAGUGACACUUCCAAGUGCAAAGUGACCAUUAAAGAAAAACCAGCUGCGGCCCCAGCGGCUAAGAAGGCAGCCGUGGAUGGAAAGCUCUUUUUCGUAUCAGAGCCUCAGAGUAUCCGAGUGGUGGAAAAAACCACGGCCACAUUUAUCGCAAAAGUUGGAGGUGACCCGAUCCCGAAUGUUAAGUGGACGAAAGGGAAGUGGAGACAACUGAACCAAGGCGGUCGCAUUUUUAUCCACCAAAAGGGCGACGAAUCAAAGCUGGAGAUUCGUGAUACCACGAAAACCGACUCUGGGUUGUACCGCUGUGUUGCCUUUAACAAACACGGUGAGAUUGAGAGCAAUGUCAACCUCCAGGUGGACGAAAGGAAGAAGCAGGAGAAGAUCGAAGGCGAUCUUCGCGCGAUGCUGAAAAAGACUCCAGCCCUAAAGAAAGGCUCUGGGGAAGAAGAGGAAAUUGACAUCAUGGAGCUUCUCAAAAAUGUGGAUCCUAAAGAAUAUGAGAAAUACGCACGCAUGUACGGGAUCACUGACUUCCGGGGCCUCCUUCAAGCCUUCGAGCUGCUGAAGCAGAGUCAGGAGGAGGAGACCCACAGACUGGCAAUUGAGGAGCUAGAGAAGCCAGAAAGAGAUGAAAAAGAAUUUGAGGAACUUGUAUCGUUUAUUCAGCAAAGGCUGAUGCAGACAGAGCCUGUCACCUUGAUCAAGGAUAUUGAAAACCAGACAGUUCUGAAAGACAAUGAUGCCAUCUUUGAAAUUGACAUUAAGAUUAAUUAUCCUGAAAUCAAGCUGUCCUGGUACAAAGGGACUGAAAAACUGGAGCCCAGUGACAAAUACGAAAUAAGAAUCGAUGGUGACCGGCAUACUCUCAGAGUCAAAAACUGUCACCCUAAAGACCAGGGCAAUUACAGGCUGGUUUGCGGCCCCCAUAUCGCCAGUGCCAAGCUGACUGUGAUUGAGCCUGCUUGGGAGCGCCAUCUUCAGGAUGUGACUUUGAAAGAAGGCCAGACUUGUACCAUGACGUGUCAGUUUUCAGUGCCCAAUGUGAAAUCUGAGUGGUUCAAAAAUGGCAAACUCCUUAAGCCCCAAGGCAGAGUAAAAACGGAAGUGGAGCACAAAGUCCACAAACUGACCAUUGCCGAUGUCCGUGCGGAGGACCAGGGUCAGUACACUUGCAAGCACAAGGACCUUGAGACUUCAGCAGAGCUCAAGAUUGAAGCUGAACCAAUUCAGUUCACCAAGCGCAUACAGAACAUUGUGGUGAGCGAGCAUCAGUCGGCUACGUUUGAGUGUGAAGUGUCCUUCGACGACGCCAUCGUGACCUGGUACAAAGGGCCGACGGAGCUGACUGAGAGCCAGAAAUACAACUUUAGAAAUGAUGGCCGCUGCCAUUACAUGACCAUCCACAACGUGACCCCAGACGACGAAGGCGUGUACUCGGUAAUUGCUCGCCUGGAGCCAAGAGGUGAAGCCAGGAGCACCGCAGAGCUGUACUUAACAACCAAAGAAAUAAAACUUGAGAUGAAGCCUCCUGAUAUUCCCGAUUCCAGAGUUCCGAUCCCAACCAUGCCUAUCAGAGCCGUUCCACCUGAAGAAAUACCUCCUGCAGUUGCUCCUUCCAUCCCUCUUCUGCUGCCUUUACCCGAAGAGAAAAAGCCACCAGGAAAGCGUAUUGAAGUGACCAAAAAGGCUGUGAAGAAAGACACCAAAAAAGUUGUUUCAAAACCCAAAGAGGAAGCACCACCACCAGUGCCAGAAGUUGCCAAGAAGCCCCUCCCUCCUACUCCCAUGUUUCCAGCAAAAGCUUCCGAAAUUAUCGAUGUGUCCUCUAAGGCCGAGGAAGUGAAAAUAACAACAAUCACUCGAAAGAAAGAGAUUCACAGAGAAAAAGAGGCUGUGUACGAGAGAGAGCAGGCCGUCUACGAGAAGACAGUGCUCAUCGAGCCUUGGGACGAGCCCUACGAGGAGCUCGAAGUGGAACCCUACACGGAGCCCUACGAGGAGCCCUAUUAUGAAGAGCCAGAUGAAGACUAUGAGGAGAUCAAGGUGGGCGCUAAAAGGGAAGUCCACGAGGAGUGGGAGGAAGACUUUGAAGAAGGGCAAGAGUACUACGAGAGGGAAGAGGGCUAUGAUGAAGGCGAGGAGGAGUGGGAAGAGACUUACCAGGAGAGAGAAGUGAUUCAAGUUCAGAAGGAAGUUCAUGAAGAAUUACAUGAGAAGAAAAUCCCAGCCAAAAUGCCUGAAAAGAAAGCACCACCUCCCAAAGUUGUAAAGAAGCCAGUAGUUGAAAAAAUUGAAAAGACUUCCCGAAGAAUGGAAGAAGAAAAAGUUCAAGUCACCAAAGUACCUGAAGUUUCCAAGAAGAUCGUUCCACAAAAACCUUCCCGGACUCCGGUGCAGGAAGAAAUAAUUGAAGUAAAAGUGCCGGCGGUGCACACAAAGAAGAUGGUUAUCUCGGAAGAGAAGAUGUUCUUUGCUUCUCACACAGAGGAGGAGGUGUCCGUCACAGUCCCCGAGGUGCAAAAGAAAACUCUCACUGAGGAGAAAAUUCACGUUGCAGUUUCCAAAAAGAUUGAACCACCGCCCAAAGUCCCGGAACCACCUAAAAAACAAGUUGCAGAAGAAGUGGUCCCUGUUCCCGUCCCUAAGAAGGUGGAACCUCCAGCAGCCAAAGUUCCUGAGGCUCCCAAGAAACCUGUGCCAGAGGAGAAGAAGCCAGUUCCUAUUCCCAAGAAGAAAGAGCCAGCUGCUCCUCCCCAAGUCCCAGAGGCUCCAAAGAAACCUGCUCCUGAAGAGAAGGUUCCUGUGGCGAAGAAGAAGGAGGCCCCUCCAGCUAAAGUGACUGAAGUCAGAAAAAGAGCCGUUAAAGAAGAAAAGGUGUCCAUCGAAGUUCCAAAGAGAGAGCCCCGACCCACUAAAGAAGUGACUGUAACGGAAGAGAAGAAAUGGUCUUAUGCCCGAGAAGAAGAAACUGUCUCAGAAUACCGGGAAGUGGAGUACGAUGAUUAUGAAGGCUAUGAGGAGUACACGGAGUUUGAGGAGUAUGAACCCACAGAAGAGUAUGACCAGUACGAAGAAUAUGCAGAGCGUGAACUUGAGCAUUACGAGGAGUAUAAGGAGCAUGAAGAAUAUGUCACAGAACCCAAGAAGCCUAUUCCAGCAAAACCUGCCCAAGAACCAGUGCCUGCCAAACCCAAGGCCCCACCACCAAAAGUGCUGAAGAAAGCUGUUCCUGAAGAAAAAGCACCUGUGCCCAUUCAAAAGAAACUCAAACCUAUACCACCCAAAGCUCCCGAAGAACCGAAGAAAGUUGUUGAAGAGAAAAUACAAAUUUCAAUUACCAAACGUGAAAAGCAGCAGGUGACUGAGCCAGCUGCCAAAGUGCCCAUGAAGCCCAAGAAAGUUGUCCCAGAGGCAAAAGUACCUGCCCCUAAAAAGGAAGUGGCGGCAGCUGUUAGAGUGCCAGGGGUGCCUAAAAAACGGGAACCAGAAGAGGUGGUUGCCUACAAAGAGGAAGUGGAAACCCACGAAGAAGAAUAUAUUGUAGAGGAGGAGGAGGAAUAUGUCCACGAAGAGGAGUAUGUCCAUGAAGAAGAAUACAUCCAUGAAGAGGAGUACGUCCGUGAAGAGGAGUACGUCCACGAAGAGGAAGAGUACCUGCACGAAGAAGAGGAGCUCAUCGUCGAGGAAGAAGUGGUGCCGGUGACACCAGCCAAAGUGCCUGAGGUACCCAAGAAACCUGUUCCAGAAGCGAAAAAACCUGUUCCUGUUCCCAAAAAGAAGGAAGUGCCACCCGCCAAAGUGCCUGAGAUUCCCAAGAAGCCAGAGGAAAAAGUUCCUGUGCCUGUCCCUAAAAAGGAGAAGGCUCCGCCUGCCAAAGUUCCGGAAGUGCCCAAGAAGCCUGUACCAGAAGAAAAACCAGCAGUACCCAUUGCCAAAAAGGUGGAAGCACCACCAGCCAAAGUGCCAGAAGUGCCCAAGAAGCCUGUGCCUGAGAAGAAGGUGCCGGUGCCUGCUCCUAAGAAAGCAGAGGCUCCACCUGCAAAAGUUCCUGAGGUACCUAAGAAGGAAGUCACCCCUGAAAAGAAAGUUCCAGUGGCUCCUCCCAAGAAACCAGAAGUUCCACCUGCCAAAGUGCCUACAGCCGAAAAGAAAGUUCGCAAAUUACUUCCAGAACCUAAGCCCCAGCCAAAGGAGGAGGUGGUCCUGAAAAGCGUUCUAAGAAAGAGACCCGAAGAAGAAGAACCUAAAGUAGAGCCUAAAAAAGUAGAAAAAGUUAAAAAACCAGAAGUACCCCCACCCCCUCCAAAAGCUGUCGAAGAAGUUGAAGCUCCUCCAGAGCCUACACCAAAGGAAAGGAAAGUUCCAGAACCUGCCAAAGUUCCUGAAAUUAAGCCAGCAAUACCUCUCCCUGGACCUGAAGCAAAGCCAAAGCCUGAGCCAGAGGUGAAAACCAUGAAGGCGCCGCCGAUGGAGCCCGCACCCACGCCCAUCGCUGCCCCGGUGACCGCACCCGUGGUCGGAAAGAAAGCAGAAGCCAAACCUAAGGAUGAAGCAGCCAAGCCGAAAGGUCCCAUCAAAGGUGUUGCCAAAAAGACUCCUUCACCCAUAGAGGCGGAAAGGAAAAAGCUCAGACCAGGAAGUGGUGGGGAGAAACCUCCCGAUGAAGCUCCAUUCACCUACCAGCUAAAGGCUGUGCCACUGAAAUUCGUGAAAGAGAUCAAAGACAUCGUCCUGACAGAGGCAGAGUCUGUGGGCUCUUCCGCCAUCUUUGAAUGCUUGGUCUCCCCAUCCACUGCCAUCACCACCUGGAUGAAGGAUGGUAGCAACAUCCGUGAGAGCCCAAAGCACAGGUUCAUCGCGGAUGGUAAAGACAGGAAGCUGCACAUCAUCGACGUCCAGCUCUCCGAUGCCGGCGAAUACACCUGUGUGCUACGACUGGGAAACAAAGAAAAGACCUCCACAGCCAAGCUCAUCGUAGAAGAACUUCCUGUUCGUUUCGUGAAAACACUAGAAGAGGAAGUCACGGUGGUCAAGGGGCAGCCGCUGUACCUGAGUUGCGAGCUGAACAAAGAGCGAGAUGUGGUGUGGAGGAAGGAUGGCAAGAUCGUGGUGGAGAAGCCUGGCAAGAUUGUGCCUGGUGUCAUUGGCCUGAUGCGGGCCCUGACCAUCAACGAUGCAGACGAUUAUGAUGCUGGAACAUACACCGUGACUGUGGAAAAUGCCAACAACCUGGAGUGUUCCUCCUGUGUGAAAGUAGUAGAAAUCAUCAGAGAAUGGCUGGUGAAACCUAUCCGAGACCAGCACGUGAAGCCCAAGGGGACAGCUGUUUUCACCUGUGACAUCGCCAAGGACACACCAAACUUUAAGUGGUUCAAAGGCUACGAUGAGAUCCCCAUGGAAGCAAAUGAAAAGACUGAGAUACUGAAAGAGGGGAACCACCUCAUUCUCAAAAUUAAGAAUGCCAUGCCCGAAGAUAUUGAUGAGUACGCGAUCGAGAUCGAAGGGAAAAGAUACCCGGCGAGGCUGACCCUUGGAGAGCGUGACGUUGAGCUGCUUAAGCCAAUAGAAGAUGUCACCAUUUACGAGAAGGAAAGUGCCAGCUUUGAUGCCGAAAUCUCCGAGGCAGACAUACCUGGGGAGUGGAAGCUGAAGGGAGAACUUCUGAGGCCCUCGCCUACUUGUGAAAUCAAAGCCGAAGGCGGAAAGCGCUUCUUAACUUUGCACAAAGUAAAACUGGACCAAGCUGGUGAAGUCCUCUACCAGGCUUGCAACGCCGUCACAACUGCCAUUUUGACAGUCAAAGAAAUUGAACUUGACUUUGCUGUACCCCUGAAAGAUGUGACCGUCCCAGAGAAGCGACAGGCUCGGUUUGAGUGUGUCCUGACCCGAGAGGCAAAUGUCAUAUGGUCUAAAGGGCCUGAUAUAAUCAAGGCAUCUGAUAAAUUCGAUAUCAUUGCUGAUGGGAAAAAACACAUUCUUGUCAUCAAUGAUUCUCAGUUUGAUGAUGAAGGGGUCUACACUGCCGAGGUAGAGGGCAAGAAGACGUCUGCACAGUUGUUUGUGACAGGCAUAAGACUAAAGUUCAUAUCCCCUCUGGAAGAUCAAACUGUAAAAGAAGGCGAGACAGCAACUUUUGUUUGUGAGCUGUCUCAUGAAAAAAUGCACGUGGUCUGGUUCAAAAACGAUGUCAAGCUGCACACCACCAGGACGGUGCUCAUGUCUUCUGAAGGAAAGACGUACAAACUGGAAAUGAGAGAGGUGACAAUGGAUGACAUCUCACAGAUCAAAGCGCAAGUGAAGAACCUCAGCUCCACAGCCAAUCUGAAGGUCUUGGAGGCCGACCCCUACUUCACGGUGAAGUUACACGACAAGACUGGUGUUGAGAAGGAUGAGAUUAUCCUGAAGUGCCAAGUGAGCAAAGACGUGCCCGUGAAGUGGUUCAAAGACGGGGAAGAGAUCGUGCCUUCGCCCAAACAUUCGGUCAAGACUGAUGGCCUGCGCCGCAUUUUGAAGAUCAAGAAAGCAGAGCUUAAAGAUAAAGGCGAAUACGUGUGCGACUGUGGCACGGACACCACCAAGGCCAACGUCACUGUGGAGGCUCGACUCAUAAAAGUGGAAAAGCCUCUGUAUGGCGUGGAGGUGUUCGUAGGAGAAACAGCCCGCUUUGAAAUCGAGCUGUCUGAGCCUGACGUGCACGGCCAGUGGAAGCUAAAGGGCGAACCUUUGACUGCUUCUCCUGACUGUGAAAUCAUCGAGGACGGGAAGAAACAUGUCCUGGUUCUUUAUAACUGCCAGCUGGAUAUGACCGGGGAGGUUUCCUUCCAGGCUGCCAAUGCUAAAUCGGCAGCCAAUCUGAAAGUGAAAGAAUUGCCGCUCAUUUUCAUCACGCCUCUCAGCGACGUCAAAGUCUUCGAGAAAGACGAGGCUAAAUUUGAGUGUGAGGUAUCCAGGGAGCCCAAAACCUUCCGCUGGCUCAAAGGAACCCAGGAGAUCACAGGUGAUGACAGGUUUGAACUCAUCAAGGAUGGCACCAGGCAUUCCCUGGUGAUCAAGUCAGCCGCUUUUGAAGAUGAAGCCAAGUACAUGUUUGAAGCUGAGGAUAAACAUACCAGUGGCAAACUGAUCAUUGAAGGAAUCCGCCUCAAAUUCCUUACCCCACUCAAGGACGUGACAGCCAAAGAGAGGGAAAAUGCUGUGUUCACUGUAGAGCUGUCCCAUGACAACAUCCCAGUGAGCUGGUUUAAGAAUGAUCAACGCCUUCACACCAGCAAGCGAGUCUCCAUGCACGACGAAGGGAAAAUACACUCCAUCACAUUCAAAGAUCUGAUAAUUGACGACACCUCCCAAAUUAAAGUGGAGGCGAUGGGAAUAAGUUCAGAAGCCAAACUCACCGUGCUAGAGGGAGACCCAUACUUCACAGGAAAGCUUCAGGAUUACACGGGCGUGGAGAAGGAUGAAGUGGUUCUUCAGUGUGAAAUCAGCAAAGCGGAUGCACCUGUGAAAUGGUUUAAGGACGGGAAGGAAAUAAAGCCGUCUAAAAAUGUUGUUAUUAAGGCUGACGGCAAGAAGCGGAUGCUGAUCCUCAAGAAAGCCUUGAAAUCCGACAUUGGCCAGUAUACCUGUGACUGUGGGACAGACCAGACCUCUGGAAAGCUCGACAUUGAAGAUCGGGAGAUUAAACUGGUGAGACCCCUGUACAGUGUCGAGGUGAUGGAGACCGAGACAGCACGCUUUGAAACCGAGAUCUCUGAAGAUGAUAUCCAUGCCAACUGGAAACUCAAGGGAGAGGCGCUGCUCCAAACACCUGAGUGUGAAAUUAAAGAAGAAGGCAAGAUACAUUUUCUAAUCUUACACAACUGCCGCCUGGACCAGACUGGUGGUGUAGAUUUCCAAGCUGCCAAUGUCAAAUCUAGCGCCCACCUCCGAGUUAAGCCACGGAUAAUCGGUCUUCUGAGGCCUCUGAAGGACGUCACAGUGACCGCAGGGGAAACAGCCACCUUUGACUGCGAACUGUCUUAUGAGGAUAUCCCAGUGGAAUGGUACCUCAAAGGGAAGAAACUGGAGCCUGAUGAUAAGGUGGUGACCCGUUCGGAAGGAAGAGUUCACACGCUCACCCUGAGGGACGUGAAGCUGGAAGACGCAGGAGAGGUCCAGCUGAUGGCCAAGGACUUCAAAACUCAGGCCAACCUCUUUGUGAAAGCUCCUCAUGUGGAAUUCCUAAGACCACUCACGGAUCUUCAAGUUAAAGAAAAAGAAACGGCUCGGUUUGAGUGUGAAAUUUCCAAGGAAAAUGCCAAGGUUCAGUGGUUUAAAGAUGGUGCUGAAAUUAAAAAGGGCAAAAAGUAUGACAUCAUUUCUAAGGGAGCCGUACGAAUUCUCGUCGUCAACAAAUGUCUACUGAACGACGAAGCCGAAUAUUCCUGUGAAGUGCGGACGGCAAGAACUUCCGGCAUGCUUACAGUUCUGGAGGAAGAAGCCGUCUUCACAAAGAAUCUUGCUAACCUUGAAGUUAGUGAAGGAGACACUAUCAAGCUGGUGUGCGAAGUCUCCAAGCCUGGGGCCGAAGUGAUCUGGUACAAAGGGGAUGAGGAGAUCAUAGAAACAGGAAGAUUUGAGAUACUUACUGAUGGCAGGAAGAGAAUCCUGAUCAUUCAGAACGCGCAGCUUGAGGACGCGGGCAGCUACAACUGUCGACUCCCAAGUUCUCGGACAGACGGCAAAGUCAAAGUACAUGAACUUGCUGCUGAAUUCAUCUCAAAGCCUCAAAACCUUGAAAUCCUGGAAGGAGAAAAGGCCGAGUUUGUCUGCACUAUAUCAAAGGAAAGCUUUGAGGUUCAGUGGAAGAGGGAUGAUCAGACUCUUGAGUCUGGAGAUAAAUAUGACGUCAUCGCUGAUGGCAAAAAGAGAGUCCUAGUUGUGAAAGACGCCACACUACAAGACAUGGGCACUUACGUGGUCAUGGUUGGGGCUGCCAGAGCUGCGGCUCACCUGACUGUCAUCGAAAAACUCAAGAUCAUAGUUCCUCUUAAGGACACCACGGUGAAAGAACAGCAAGAGGUUGUCUUUAACUGUGAAGUCAAUACCGAAGGUGCCAAAGCCAAGUGGUUCAGAAACGAAGAGGCCAUAUUUGAUAGUUCAAAAUACAUCAUCCUCCAAAAGGACCUGGUCUACACUCUCAGAAUCAGAGACGCACGCUUAGAUGACCAAGCCAACUACAAUGUGUCGCUGACUAACCACAGAGGGGAGAAUGUUAAGAGCGCAGCCAAUCUAAUAGUGGAAGAGGAAGAUCUUAGGAUUAUUGAACCUCUUAAAGAUAUCGAAACAAUGGAGAAGAAAUCAGUCACCUUCUGGUGCAAGGUGAAUCGUCUCAAUGUGACACUCAAGUGGACCAAAAAUGGAGAAGAAGUGCCCUUUGACAACCGCGUGUCAUACCGAAUUGAUAAGUACAAGCACUCGCUAAUCAUCAAGGACUGCGGGUUUCCAGAUGAGGGUGAAUACAUUGUCACGGCUGGACAAGACAAAUCGGUCGCAGAGCUGCUCAUCAUAGAAGCCCCGACAGAAUUCGUGGAGCACCUAGAAGACCAGACGGUCACUGAGUUUGAUGACGCAGUCUUCUCCUGCCAACUCUCCAGAGAGAAAGCCAAUGUAAAAUGGUACCGAAAUGGAAGAGAAAUCAAGGAAGGCAAAAAAUACAAAUUUGAAAAAGAUGGGAGCGUACACAGGCUCAUCAUAAAGGACUGCCGGCUGGAGGAUGAGUGCGAAUACGCUUGUGGCGUAGAGGACAGGAAGUCCCGAGCAAGGCUCUUUGUGGAAGAAAUCCCUGUCGAGAUUAUCAGGCCUCCUCAAGACAUUCUUGAAGCCCCUGGUGCCGAUGUUAUCUUUAUGGCUGAGCUCAACAAAGAUAAAGUGGAGGUCCAAUGGCUUAGAAAUAACAUGGUUGUUGUCCAGGGCGACAAGCACCAGAUGAUGAGUGAAGGAAAGAUACACAGGCUACAGAUUUGUGACAUUAAACCACGUGACCAAGGCGAAUACAGAUUCAUUGCCAAAGAUAAAGAAGCCAGGGCGAAACUUGAGUUAGCAGCUGCACCUAAAAUCAAGACAGCUGAUCAGGAUCUCGUGGUUGAUGCCGGGCAACCCCUGACCAUGGUCGUGCCCUACGACGCCUACCCCAAAGCAGAAGCUGAGUGGUUUAAAGAAAACGAACCUCUGUCUACAAAAACUGUGGACACUACAGCUGAGCAGACUUCUUUCAGAAUCUUGGAAGCCAAAAAGGAGGACAAGGGGAGGUACAAAAUCGUGCUUCAGAACAAGCAUGGGAAAGCAGAAGGCUUCAUCAACUUACAAGUUAUUGAUGUUCCUGGGCCAGUUCGUAACCUAGAAGUGACCGAAACAUUUGAUGGUGAAGUCAGCCUCGCUUGGGAAGAACCAUUAACAGACGGUGGAAGCAAAAUCAUAGGUUAUGUUGUUGAAAGGCGUGAUAUCAAGAGGAAGACCUGGGUGCUGGUCACUGACCGAGCAGAUAGCUGUGAGUUUACUGUCACCGGCCUACAGAAGGGAGGAGUGGAGUACCUGUUCCGUGUGAGCGCAAGGAACAGAGUUGGCACUGGAGAACCAGUAGAAACCGACAAUCCUGUGGAAGCCAGGAGUAAAUAUGAUGUUCCAGGUCCUCCUUUGAAUGUCACCAUCACCGACGUGAAUAGAUUUGGUGUCUCGCUGACGUGGGAGCCACCAGAGUAUGAUGGAGGUGCUGAAAUCACAAACUAUGUGAUUGAACUGAGGGACAAGACUUCUAUCAGGUGGGACACUGCCAUGACCGUAAGGGCUGAGGACCUGUCAGCAACAGUCACCGAUGUGGUUGAAGGACAGGAGUACAGCUUCCGGGUCAGAGCCCAGAACCGAAUCGGAGUUGGGAAACCAAGUACAGCCACACCCUUUGUCAAAGUUGCUGAUCCAAUAGAGAGACCAAGUCCUCCUGUGAACCUCAGUUCCUCGGAACAGACACAAUCAUCAGUUCAGCUCACAUGGGAGCCUCCUCUGAAAGAUGGGGGCAGCCCAAUAUUGGGGUAUAUAAUUGAAAGAUGUGAGGAAGGGAAAGACAAUUGGAUUCGCUGCAAUAUGAAACCUGUCCCUGAACUGACUUACAAAGUCACUGGAUUGCAUAAAGGGAAUAAAUAUUUAUAUAGAGUAUCUGCAGAAAAUGCAGCUGGUGUUUCAGAUCCAUCUGAGAUCCUUGGUCCUCUCACCGCUGAUGAUGCCUUUGUUGAACCAACAAUGGAUUUGAGUGCAUUCAAAGAUGGUCUGGAAGUUAUCGUCCCAAAUCCCAUCAAGAUCCUGGUUCCAAGCACGGGCUACCCAAGACCAAAGGCAACCUGGACUUUUGGAGAUCAAGUCCUAGAAGAGGGGGACCGUGUGAAAAUGAAGACCAUAUCUGCCUAUGCCGAACUCGUUAUUUCUCCGAGUGAACGGCCAGACAAGGGUAUUUACACACUCACAUUAGAAAAUCCUGUGAAGUCAAUUUCUGGAGAAAUUGAUGUCAAUGUGAUCGCUCCCCCAAGCGCACCCAAAGAACUGAAAUUUAGCGAUGUAACAAAGGAUUCUGUGCACUUGACUUGGGAACCACCCGACGAUGACGGAGGAAGCCCGCUAACUGGAUAUGUCAUUGAAAAGAGAGACAUGAGCCGGAAAACGUGGACUAAAGUUAUGGACUUCGUGACCGAUCUAGAAUUCACAGUUCCUGAUCUUGUUCAAGGAAAGGAAUAUCUAUUCAAAGUCUGCGCUCGAAAUAAGUGUGGCCCUGGAGAACCUGCAUAUACUGAUGAACCUGUAAAUAUGUCUGCUCCUGCAACGGUACCUGACCCACCUGAGAAUGUCAAGUGGAGAGACAGGACUGCCAAGAGCAUCUUCCUCACAUGGGAUCCUCCUAAAAAUGACGGUGGCUCGCGCAUCAAAGGAUAUAUAGUUGAAAAAUGCCCCCGUGGUUCUGACAAAUGGGUUGCCUGUGGCGAGCCUGUUGCAGACACAAAAAUGGAAGUGACAGGCCUCGAGGAAGGCAAAUGGUAUGCCUACCGCGUGAAAGCCUUGAACAGGCUAGGUGCCAGCAAGCCAAGCAAACCCACAGAAGAAAUCCAGGCGGUGGACACACAGGAGGCUCCUGAGAUCUUCCUUGAUGUGAAACUCCUCGCUGGCCUCACGGUAAAAGCCGGCACAAAGAUUGAGCUUCCGGCCACUGUGACUGGAAAGCCUGAACCUAAAAUAACCUGGACAAAGGCGGAUACCCUUCUGAAGCCAGACCAAAGAAUCACCAUCGAAAACGUUCCUAAGAAAUCCACGGUGACAAUCACAGACAGUAAGAGGAGUGACACGGGCACGUACAUCAUCGAAGCUGUGAACGUCUGCGGCCGGGCCACCGCCGUGGUGGAAGUGAACGUCUUGGAUAAACCCGGACCACCAGCUGCUUUUGACAUCACAGAGGUAACCAAUGAGUCUUGUCUUCUGACGUGGAACCCGCCAAGAGAUGAUGGUGGAUCUAAGAUCACGAACUAUGUCGUGGAGAGGAAGGCGACCGACAGCGAUGUGUGGCACAAGCUCUCCUCGACUGUGAAGGACACACACUUCAAGGCGACCAAGCUGACACCCAACAAAGAGUACAUCUUCAGAGUUGCGGCCGAGAACAUGUACGGCGUUGGCGAGCCAGUGCAGGCUGCUCCAAUAGUCGCCAAAUAUCAGUUUGAUCCGCCUGGACCGCCAACUCGCCUGGAACCUUCCGACAUCACUAAAGAUGCAGUGACCCUCACGUGGUGUGAGCCGGAUGACGAUGGUGGCAGCCCCAUCACCGGAUACUGGGUGGAAAGAUUAGACCCCGACACUGACAAAUGGGUCCGAUGCAAUAAGAUGCCAGUGAAGGACACAACCUACAGAGUGAAAGGUCUCACCAAUAAGAAAAAGUACAGAUUCCGUGUGCUGGCUGAAAAUUUGGCUGGACCUGGAAAGCCAAAUCCUCCAUGGCCUCCUGGAAAACCAACUGUAAAGGACAUAGGCAAAACAUCAUUAGUAUUGAACUGGACCAAGCCAGAACACGAUGGAGGGGCAAAGAUUGAGUCUUACGUCAUUGAGAUGCUGAAGACAGGGACAGACGACUGGGUCAGAGUGGCUGAGGGUGUCCCCACCACUGAGCAUUUGCUCACAGGCCUGAUGGAAGGGCAGGAAUACUCGUUCCGAGUGAGAGCCGUGAACAAGGCUGGAGAGAGUGAGCCCAGUGACCCGAGCGACCCUGUGCUUUGCCGGGAGAAACUCUAUCCUCCGUCACCACCUCGUUGGCUCGAAGUGAUUAAUAUCACAAAGAAUUCAGCUGACCUAAAAUGGACAGUUCCUGAGAAAGACGGAGGGUCACCCAUCACCAACUACAUCGUGGAAAAGAGAGACGUGAGGCGGAAAGGCUGGCAAACAGUGGACACCACGGUCAAGGAGACCAAGUGCACAGUAACCCCCCUGACAGAGGGCUCUCUGUAUGUGUUCCGCGUGGCUGCAGAAAAUGCCAUCGGGCAAAGUGACUACACCGAAAUCGGAGACUCCGUCCUGGCCAAAGACACCUUCAGUAUGCACCCCACCCCGGGACCACCCUAUGCCCUGACAGUGGUUGACGUGACAAAGCGACAUGUUGACCUCAAGUGGGAACCACCUAAAAACGACGGUGGAAGACCGAUCCAGAGAUACAUCAUUGAGAAGAAGGAAAAAUUAGGCACCCGUUGGGUAAAAGCUGGGAAGACCUCAGGCCCCGACUGUAACUUCAGAGUAACUGAUGUCAUCGAAGGCACAGAAGUCCAGUUUCAAGUUCGGGCUGAAAAUGAGGCAGGAGUUGGUCACCCAAGUGAGCCCACAGAAAUCCUGUCAAUUGAAGAUCCGACAAGUCCUCCCUCACCUCCUCUUGAUCUGCAUGUGACUGACGCUGGGAGGAAACACAUUGCCAUUGCUUGGAAACCUCCAGAGAAAAAUGGUGGCAGUCCUAUCAUAGGCUACCAUGUUGAAAUGUGUCCGGUGGGCACCGAGAAAUGGAUGCGAGUUAACUCUCGCCCAGUAAAAGAUUUGAAGUUCAAAGUUGAAGAGGGAAUUGUUCCCGACAAGGAAUAUGUCCUGAGAGUGAGAGCCGUCAAUGCUGUUGGUGUCAGUGAGCCAUCUGAAAUCUCUGAGAACGUGGUUGCCAAAGACCCAGACUGCAAACCAACAAUUGAUCUAGAGACUCAUGACAUCGUUGUUAUCGAAGGUGAAAAGUUAAGCAUCCCUGUGCCCUUCAGAGCUGUCCCAGUUCCAACUGUGAGCUGGCAUAAAGACGGCAAAGAAGUGAAAGCCAGCGACAGAUUAACAAUGAAGAGUGACCACAUCUCUGCACACCUGGAGGUUCCCAAGAGUGUCCAUGCAGAUGCCGGAGUUUACACCAUCACCCUGGAGAAUAAGCUUGGCUCAGCAACUGCUUCAAUCAAUGUCAAAGUCAUAGGUCUACCUGGUCCAUGCAAAGAUAUCAAAGCAAGUGACAUAACCAAGAGUUCUUGCAAGUUAACAUGGGAGCCUCCAGAAUAUGAUGGUGGAAGCCCAAUUCUUCAUUAUGUCCUGGAGCGUAGAGAGGCUGGGAGGAGGACAUACAUACCAGUCAUGUCUGGUGAGAACAAACUGUCUUGGACCGUAAAGGAUCUCAUACCAAAUGGUGAAUACUUUUUCCGGGUAAAAGCAGUCAACAAGAUUGGUGGAGGCGAAUAUAUUGAACUCAAGAAUCCCGUCAUCGCUCAAGAUCCAAAGCAACCGCCUGAUCCACCUGUGGAUGUUGAGGUUCAUAAUCCUACAGCUAAGGCAAUGACUAUCACAUGGAAGCCACCCUUGUAUGAUGGAGGAAGCAAGAUAAUGGGUUACAUCAUAGAAAAGAUUGCUAAGGGUGAAGACAGAUGGAGGAGAUGCAAUGAGCAUCUGGUACCUGUCCUGACCUAUACAGCCAAAGGACUUGAGGAGGGGAAAGAGUACCAAUUCCGUGUGCGAGCAGAGAACGCUGCUGGUAUUGGUGAACCUUCUCGGGCCACGCCCCCAACCAAAGCUGUAGAUCCUAUUGAUGCCCCAAAAGUCAUCCUCAAAACAAGCCUGGAAGUUAAACGGGGUGAUGAAAUAGCACUUGAUGCGACCAUUUCUGGCUCACCCUACCCAACAAUCACAUGGAUAAAGGAUGAAAAUGUCAUUGUACCGGAGGAAAUUAAGAAGCGGGCAGCACCCCCAGUUAGGAGGAAGAAGGGUGAGGCUGAAGAAGAGGAGCCGUUUUUCCUGCCUCUGACAGAGCGUUUGAGCAUCAAUAACAGCAAACAAGGAGAAUCUCAGCUGCGCAUCCGUGACUCUCUGAGACCGGAUCACGGCCAGUACAUGAUCAAAGUUGAGAACGAUCAUGGUGUUGCCAAAGCACCUUGCACUGUUGUUGUGUUAGAUACACCAGGACCACCAAUCAACUUUGUAUUUGAGGAUAUUAGGAAGAACUCUGUCCUCUGUAAAUGGGAACCACCCCUCGAUGACGGCGGCAGUGAGAUAAUUAACUAUACCUUGGAAAAGAAAGACAAGACCAAACCUGACUCCGAAUGGAUUGUUAUCACUUCAACACUCAGACACUGCAAAUAUUCAGUAACAAAACUGAUUGAAGGAAAAGAGUACCUCUUCCGUGUAAGAGCUGAAAAUAGGUUGGGACCUGGGCCACCAUGUGUCUCCAAGCCACUUUUGGCCAAAGAUCCAUUUGAACCUCCUGAUGCCCCAGAUAAGCCCAUUGUGGAAGAUGUUACCAGCAACAGCAUGCUGGUAAAAUGGAAUGAGCCAAAGGAUAACGGCAGCCCCAUCUUGGGUUACUGGCUUGAAAAACGUGAGGUCAACAGCACACACUGGUCUCGUGUCAACAAAACCCUUCUCAGUUCUCUGAAGACCAAGGUAGAUGGCUUAUUAGAAGGACUCACCUAUGUCUUCCGAGUCUGUGCCGAAAAUGCUGCUGGGCCUGGAAAGUUCAGCCCGCCUUCAGACCCCAAAACAGCUCGUGACCCCAUCUCUCCGCCUGGGCCACCCAUCCCAAGAGUUGCAGAUACAAGCUCUACGACCAUUGAGCUGGAGUGGGAACCCCCAGCUUUCAACGGUGGUGGGGAGAUUAUUGGCUACUUUGUCGAUAAGCAGUUGGUUGGCACUAACGAGUGGUCACGCUGCACAGAGAAGAUGAUCAAAGUCCGCCAGUUCACCGUCAAAGAAAUUCGAGAGGGCGCGGACUACAAACUUCGAGUGAGCGCUGUCAACGCAGCCGGUGAAGGGCCACCUGGGGAAACAGAACCUGUUACUGUGGCUGAACCACAAGAGCCUCCAACUGUGGAACUGGAUGUUUCUGUAAAGGGAGGCAUACAGAUCAUGGCUGGGAAAACUCUCAGAAUCCCAGCCGUGGUGACUGGCCGGCCUGUGCCCACAAGAGUAUGGACCAUCGAAGAAGGGGAGCUGGAUAAAGAGCGUGUUGUAAUAGAGAAUGUCGGAACCAAAUCUGAGCUAAUUAUCAAGGAUGCUUUGAGAAAAGACCAUGGCAGAUAUGUGAUCACAGCAACAAACAGCUGUGGUUCCAAAUUCGCAGCAGUCCGGGUUGAAGUGUUCGAUGUUCCUGGCCCAGUUCUUGACCUAAAACCUGUUGUAACAAACAGAAAGAUGUGUCUGCUGAAUUGGUCGGAUCCAGCAGAUGACGGAGGAAGUGAAAUCACAGGGUUUAUAAUUGAAAGGAAAGAUGCCAAGAUGCACACGUGGAGACAGCCCAUUGAGACGGAGAGAUCCAAGUGUGACAUCACAGGUCUCAUAGAGGGACAGGAAUACAAGUUCCGUGUCAUUGCCAAGAACAAGUUUGGCUGUGGGCCUCCUGUUGAAAUAGGACCAAUUCUUGCAGUUGAUCCACUAGGUCCUCCAACAUCUCCUGAGAGGCUCACGUACACAGAAAGGACAAAAUCCACCAUCACGCUUGACUGGAAAGAGCCCCGCAGUGAUGGCGGCAGUCCCAUCCAAGGAUACAUCAUUGAAAAACGCCGCCAUGACAAACCUGACUUUGAGAGAGUUAACAAGAGACUCUGCCCAACCACGUCAUUUGUGGUUGACAAUCUCGAUGAGCACCAGAUGUAUGAGUUCCGGGUGAAAGCCGUCAAUGGCGUUGGUGAAAGCGAACCAUCCCUGCCUCUUAACGUAGUCAUCCAAGAUGAUGAAGUUCCUCCAGCUAUUAAGUUGCGCCUGGCUGUUCGAGGAGACACUAUCAAAGUUAAGGCAGGAGAGCCGGUUAACAUCCCUGCUGAUGUGACGGGACUCCCCAUGCCUAAGAUUGAGUGGUCCAAGAAUGAAAAGGUGAUUGAGAAACCCACGGAUGAGCUUAAAAUAACCAAAGAAGAAGUAUCCCGAAGCGAGGCCAAGACUGAGCUGAGCAUCCCCAAAGCCGUCCGAGAGGACAAGGGCACUUACACAAUCACCGCUUCCAAUCGUCUUGGCUCCGUAUUCCGCAACGUUCAUGUGGAAGUAUAUGAUCGUCCAUCUCCACCCAGAAACCUCGCUGUUACUGACAUUAAAGCUGAGUCUUGCUAUCUGACAUGGGAUGCCCCUCUAGACAAUGGUGGCAGUGAAAUUACCCAUUACGUCAUUGACAAACGCGAUGCCAGCAGGAAGAAGUCUGAGUGGGAAGAAGUCACUAACACUGCUGUGGAGAGAAGAUACGGGAUCUGGAAGCUCAUCCCCAACGGUCAGUAUGAGUUCCGAGUGAGGGCAGUGAAUAAAUAUGGAAUCAGCGAUGAAUGUAAAUCAGACAAAGUCACCAUUCAAGACCCCUAUCGCCUCCCGGGACCUCCUGGAAAACCCAAAGUCUUAGAACGCACCAAAGGGUCUAUGCUCGUGAGCUGGACCCCUCCUUUGGACAACGGAGGUUCUCCAAUUACUGGCUACUGGCUAGAGAAGAGAGAAGAAGGCGGUAGCUACUGGUCACGUGUUAGCCGAGCACCAAUAACCAAAGCUGGCCUGAAGGGCAUAGAAUUCAAUGUUCCACGGUUGAUUGAAGGGGUGAAGUAUCAGUUUAGAGCCAUGGCAAUUAACGCCGCAGGAAUCGGCCCUCCCAGUGAACCGUCAGACCCAGCCAUCGCAGGAGAUCCCAUAUACCCCCCUGGGCCACCUUCGCGCCCAGAGGUUAAAGAUAAAACAAAAUCAAGCAUCUCUCUGGCAUGGAAACCUCCAGCCAAAGAUGGUGGCAGCCCGAUCAAAGGUUACAUCGUAGAAAUGCAGGAGGAGGGUACCUCGGACUGGAAAAAAGUCAACGAACCGGAUAAACUCCUAACUACCUGUGAGUGUGUGGUGCCUAACCUGAAAGAGCUGAGAAAGUACAAGUUCAGAGUGAAGGCUGUCAAUGAAGCCGGUGAAUCCGAACCAAGUGACACGACCGGAGAGAUCCCUGCCACUGACAUUCAAGAGGUUCCAGAGGUGUUCAUUGACAUCGGAGCACAGGACUGCCUGGUGUGUAAAGCUGGCUCACAGAUCAGAAUCCCUGCUGUCAUCAAGGGGCGCCCAACGCCAAAAUCAUCUUGGGAAUUUGACGGAAAGGCAAAGAAGGCAAUGAAGGACAACAUUCAUGACAUCCCUGAAGAUGCACAGCUGGAGACUGCCGAGAACUCCUCUGUCAUCAUCAUCCCGGAGUGUACUCGAGCUCACACGGGCAAAUACAGCAUCACAGCCAAGAAUAAAGCCGGACAGAAAACUGCCAACUGCAGAGUUAAAGUCAUGGAUGCGCCAGGCCCGCCCAAGGAUUUGAAGGUUAGUGACAUUACGAGGGGCAGUUGCCGACUGUCAUGGAAGAUGCCAGACGACGAUGGAGGAGAUAGGAUCAAAGGCUACGUCAUCGAGAAGAAGACAAUAGAUGGAAAAGCCUGGACGAAAGUCAAUCCCAACUGCGGAAGCACCACAUUCGUGGUGCCGGAUCUCAUCUCCGAGCAGCAAUACUUCUUCCGCGUGCGAGCAGAAAACCGUUUUGGAAUUGGCCCACCCGUAGAAACCAUUCAGAGGACCACUGCGAGAGAUCCAAUCUAUCCUCCUGACCCUCCUAUUAAACUCAAGAUUGGUCUGAUAACGAAGAACACGGUACAUCUGUCAUGGAAACCUCCAAAGAAUGAUGGGGGCUCUCCUGUCACCCACUACAUUGUCGAGUGCCUCGCAUGGGACCCUACUGGGAAGAAGAAAGAAGCCUGGAGACAGUGUAAUAAGCGUGAUGUGGAAGAACUGGAAUUUACUGUUGAAGACCUCAUAGAGGGUGGGGAAUAUGAAUUCAGAGUCAAGGCCGUCAACGAGGCCGGGGUCAGCAAGCCUUCAGCCACUGUUGGCCCUGUGAUUGUCAAGGACCAGACAUGCCCACCAUCAAUUGAGCUCAAAGAAUUCAUGGAAGUGGAAGAAGGAACUGAUGUUAACAUAGUGGCCAAAAUUAAAGGUGUGCCAUUCCCAACUCUCACCUGGUUUAAAGCGCCUCCGAAGAAGCCUGAUAGCAAAGAGCCUGUGGUCUAUGACACCCACGUCAACAAGCAGGUAGUGGAUGACACCUGCACGCUAGUUAUCCCUCAGUCUCGCCGGAGCGACACUGGCUUGUAUUCUAUCACUGCCGUAAACAACCUGGGGACAGCGUCGAAGGAGAUGAGACUCAAUGUCCUUGGUCGUCCUGGCCCCCCUGUGGGACCCAUAAAGUUUGAAUCUAUCUCAGCCGAUCAAAUGACACUAUCGUGGCUUCCACCUAAAGAUGACGGUGGGUCCAAGAUUACAAACUAUGUCAUUGAGAAAAGAGAAGCUAACAGGAAGACAUGGGUCCGUGUCUCCAGUGAACCUAAGGAAUGCAUGUACACAAUUCCCAAGCUGCUAGAAGGCCAUGAAUAUGUGUUCCGAAUCAUGGCCCAGAAUAAGUACGGCAUUGGGGAGCCACUGGACAGUGAACCUGAAACAGCACGAAACCUCUUCUUUUUUGAUGACUUCUUGUCAAUUGCUAUCGUUCUCACAGCUGUCCCCGGAGCUCCGGAUAAACCGACGGUGAGCAGCGUGACUCGUAACUCCAUGACGGUCAACUGGGAAGAGCCGGAGUACGAUGGUGGCUCUCCCGUGACUGGGUAUUGGUUGGAAAUGAAGGACACCACUUCAAAGAGAUGGAAGAGAGUUAACCGAGAUCCCAUCAAGGCCAUGACUCUGGGAGUCUCUUAUAAAGUGACUGGCCUUAUUGAAGGUUCUGACUAUCAGUUCCGGGUGUAUGCAAUCAAUGCUGCGGGUGUGGGUCCAGCAAGUCUCCCCUCAGAUCCAGUGACUGCUCGAGAUCCAGUGGCUCCCCCUGGUCCUCCGUUCCCCAAAGUGACAGACUGGACAAAAUCAUCUGUGGACUUGGAAUGGUCACCUCCACUAAAAGAUGGUGGAUCCAAAGUAACUGGAUACAUUGUUGAAUUUAAGGAAGAAGGCAAAGAAGAAUGGGAAAAGGCUAAGGAUAAGGAAGUGAGAGGGACAAAGCUUGUGGUGACCGGGUUAAAAGAAGGAGCAUUCUACAAAUUCCGCGUCCGAGCAGUCAACAUUGCUGGGGUUGGAGAACCUGGAGAGGUCACAGAUGUUAUUGAAAUGAAGGACAGAAUUGUGUCGCCCGACCUUCAGCUAGACGCCAGCGUCAGAGACAGAAUAGUGGUCCACGCUGGAGGGGUGAUCCGCAUCAUAGCCUACGUAUCUGGAAAGCCACCUCCAACUGUCACCUGGAGCAUGAAUGAACGGGCCUUACCUCAAGAAGCCGCCAUUGAGACCACAGCCAUUAGUUCAUCCAUGGUCAUCAAGAACUGCCAGAGGAACCAUCAAGGUGUCUACUCUCUCCUUGCUAAAAACGAAGGCGGAGAAAGAAAGAAGACAAUUAUUGUUGAUGUGCUAGAUGUCCCAGGACCAGUUGGAGUACCAUUCCUCGCUGACAACCUAACCAAUGACUCCUGCAAGCUCACAUGGUUCUCUCCAGAAGAUGAUGGCGGCUCCCCCAUCACCAACUAUGUCAUUCAGAAGCGGGAAGCAGACCGCAAAGCAUGGACCCCUGUGACCUACACAGUCACUCGACAAAACGCUACUGUACAGGGUCUUAUUCAAGGAAAAGCCUACUUUUUCCGAAUUGCAGCUGAAAACAGCAUUGGCAUGGGGCCAUUUGUUGAGACACCAAACGCACUUGUCAUCAGAGAUCCAAUAACUGUCCCAGAGAGACCUGAAGACCUAGAAGUCAAAGAAGUCACUAAAAAUACCGUGUCUUUGACCUGGAAUCCUCCCAAGUACGAUGGUGGAUCAGAAAUUAUUAACUAUGUCCUAGAAAGUCGCCUCAUUGGCACUGAGAAGUUCCACAAAGUUACAAGCGACAACCUGCUUAGCAGGAAAUACACUGUGAAAGGCUUAAAAGAGGGUGACACCUAUGAGUACCGUGUCAGUGCCGUCAAUAUUGUCGGACAAGGCAAGCCGUCAUUCUGCACCAAGCCGAUCACAUGCAAAGAUGAGCUGGCUCCCCCAACACUUGACCUGGACUUCAGAGAUAAACUCACAGUCCGAGUUGGUGAAGCUUUCGCCCUCACUGGCCGUUACUCAGGCAAACCAAAGCCUAAGGUUGAUUGGUUCAAAGAUGAGGCUGAUGUGCUGGAAGAUGACCGCACCCACAUCAAGACUACUCCCACGACACUUGCCCUUGAGAAGACUAAGUCCAAACGCUCAGAUUCUGGAAAAUACUGUGUAGUUGUGGAGAACAGUACAGGCUCCAGGAAAGGUUACUGUCAAGUCAACGUUGUUGACCGUCCUGGACCACCAGUAGGACCUGUCGUUUUUGAUGAGGUCACCAAAGAAUACAUGGUUAUUUCUUGGAAGCCACCUCUUGAUGAUGGAGGAAGUGAGAUUACCAAUUAUAUUAUUGAGAAGAAGGAGCUGGGUAAAGACAUAUGGAUGCCUGUGACUUCUGCCAGCGCUAAAACAACGUGCAAAGUCCCAAAACUGCUUGAAGGAAAAGAUUAUAUCUUCCGGAUUCAUGCUGAAAAUCUGUAUGGAAUAAGUGACCCUCUGGUGUCUGAUUCAAUGAAAGCCAAAGAUCGUUUCAGAGUUCCUGAUGCACCUGAGCAGCCAAUUGUCACAGAGGUCACCAAAGACUCUGCACUAGUGACCUGGAACAAGCCAAACGAUGGAGGAAAGCCCAUCACAAACUACAUCCUGGAAAAGAGGGAAACUAUGUCUAAACGAUGGGUUAGAGUUACCAAAGAGCCUAUCCAUCCGUACACUAAGUUUAGAGUUCCUGAUCUUCUAGAAGGAUGCCAGUAUGAGUUCCGGGUUUCUGCAGAAAAUGAAAUUGGUAUUGGAGACCCAAGUCCACCAUCCAAACCUGUCUUUGCUAGAGAUCCAAUUGCUAAACCAAGCCCACCUAUUAAUCCUGAAGCAGUAGACACGACGUGUAAUUCAGUUGAUCUAACUUGGCAGCCACCACGUCACGAUGGUGGGAGCAAGAUCCUAGGAUACAUUGUGGAGUACCAGAAGGUGGGAGAUGAAGAGUGGCGACGAGCCAAUCACACUCCUGAGUCAUGCCCUGAAACGAAAUAUAAAGUCAGUGGUCUCAGGGAUGGGCAGACCUAUAAGUUCAGAGUACUGGCAGUCAACGAGGCUGGUGAAUCAGACCCGGCCCACGUUCCUGAACCAGUGCUAGUAAAGGACCGACUUGAACCUCCUGAGCUGAUCCUUGAUGCCAACAUGGCAAGAGAACAGCACAUUAAAGUGGGCGACACCCUAAGACUGAGUGCCAUCAUCAAAGGUGUGCCAUUCCCAAAAGUAACCUGGAAAAAAGGAGACAGAGAGGCUCCGACAAAAGCACAAAUUGAUGUUACUCCAGUUGGAAGCAAGCUUGAAAUUCGCAAUGCUGCCCACGAAGAUGGGGGAAUUUAUUCCCUAACUGUGGAGAAUCCAGCUGGUUCAAAAACUGUCUCAGUGAAAGUACUGGUCUUAGAUAAACCUGGGCCACCUAGAGACCUGGAAGUCAGUGAAAUUAGGAAAGAUUCUUGUUACCUUACUUGGAAAGAACCACUGGAUGAUGGCGGUUCUGUUGUGACCAACUAUGUGGUUGAGAGGAAAGAUGUUGCCACUGCCCAGUGGUCCCCUCUUUCAACCACAUCCAAGAAGAAGAGCCACAUGGCUAAACAUCUGAACGAAGGCAACCAGUACCUCUUCCGAGUAGCUGCCGAGAACCAAUAUGGACGUGGUCCUUUCGUUGAGACACCCAAGCCCAUCAAGGCUCUGGAUCCUCUCCAUCCCCCAGGGCCACCCAAGGACCUACACCACGUCGAUGUCGAUAAGACUGAGGUCUCUCUUGUUUGGAAUAAACCAGAUCGCGAUGGUGGCUCUCCAAUCACAGGGUAUCUGGUGGAGUACCAAGAAGAAGGUGCCACGGAUUGGAUUAAGUUCAAGACUGUGAAAAACUUAGAGUGUGUUGUUACGGGCUUACAACAAGGAAAGACUUAUAGAUUCCGGGUUAAAGCUGAAAAUAUCAUAGGUCUUGGUCUCCCUGAUACAACUAUCCCAAUAGAAUGUCAAGAGAAACUAGUGGCUCCAUCUGUGGAAUUAGAUGUGAAGUUAAUUGAAGGGCUCGUUGUAAAAGCUGGUACCACAGUGAGAUUCCCUGCUAUUAUAAGAGGUGUACCUGUCCCUACUGCAAAGUGGACAUCAGAUGGAAUUGAGAUUAAAACGGAAGAUCGCUACACAGUUGAGACUGAUGGCUUCUCCUCGGUGCUGACCAUCAAGAACUGCUUGAGGAAGGAUACUGGGGAAUAUCAGCUCACAGUUUCCAACGCAGCUGGUACCAAAACAGUAGCUGUCCAUCUUACUGUCCUUGAUGUCCCCGGUCCACCAACAGGUCCCAUUAAUAUUCUGGAUGUCACCCCUGAAUACAUGACUAUCUCAUGGCAACCACCUAAGGAUGACGGAGGGAGCCCAGUGAUAAAUUACAUUGUUGAGAAACAAGAUACUAGGAAAGGCACAUGGGGCGUUGUCUCUGCAGGAAGCAGUAAGCUGAAGCUGAAGGUGCCCCAUCUCCAAAAGGGCUGUGAGUAUGUUUUCAGAGUCAAAGCAGAGAACAAGAUGGGCGUUGGCCCUCCCCUUGACUCCACACCUACUGUCGCUAAGCACAAGUUCAGUCCCCCAUCACCUCCUGGCAAACCAGUGGUAACCGACAUUACUGAGAACGAGGCAACGGUGUCUUGGACCCUGCCGAAAUCUGAUGGCGGCAGUCCGAUAACUGGCUACUACGUAGAGCGGCGAGAAAUAACUGGCAAAUGGGUGAGAGUCAACAAAACACCCAUCGCUGACCUGAAGUUCAGGGUGACUGGACUCUAUGAGGGAAAUACAUAUGAGUUUAGAGUUUUUGCUGAAAACCUUGCUGGACUAAGCAAUCCAUCACCAAGUUCUGACCCAAUAAAAGCUUGCCGGCCCAUUAAACCACCAGGGCCACCCAUAAAUCCUAAGCUGAAAGACAAGAGCAAAGAAUCUGCGGACUUGGUGUGGACAAAGCCCCUCAGUGAUGGCGGCAGCCCCAUCCUCGGGUAUGUAGUAGAGUGUCAGAAACCCGGCACCGCGCAGUGGGAUAGGAUCAACAAAGACGAGCUCAUCCGGCAGUGUGCCUACAGGGUACCCGGACUGAUCGAAGGGAAUGAGUACAGAUUCCGCAUCAGGGCAGCUAAUAUUGUGGGUGAGGGAGAGCCAAGAGAACUGGCAGAGUCUGUGAUUGCAAAAGACAUCCUUCAUCCUCCGGAAGUAGAGCUUGAUGUGACAUGCCGUGACGUCAUCACCGUUCGGGUGGGUCAGACGAUUCGCAUUCUCGCUCGAGUCAAAGGCAGACCUGAGCCAGACAUCACUUGGUCUAAGGAGGGCAAAGUCCUGGUCAAGGACAAGCGGGUUGACCUGAUUCAUGAUCUGCCUCGCGUGGAGUUACAAAUUAAAGAAGCGGUCAGAGCCGACCACGGCAAGUACAUCAUCUCUGCUAAGAACAGCAGUGGACACGCCCAAGGAUCAGCCAUUGUUAACGUCCUUGACAGACCUGGGCCUUGCCAGAAUCUGAAGGUUAGCAAUGUCACCAAGGAAAACUGCACAAUUUCUUGGGAAAACCCGCUAGAUAACGGUGGCUCGGAAAUUACAAAUUUCAUAGUAGAAUAUCGUAAGCCAAAUCAGAAAGGCUGGUCAAUCGUUGCCUCAGAUGUCACCAAGAGACUGAUCAAGGCCAACCUGUUGGCCAACAACGAAUACUAUUUCCGUGUUUGUGCGGAGAACAAAGUAGGUGUUGGGCCAACCAUUGAAACAAAGACUCCAAUUCUGGCCAUCAACCCUAUUGACAAGCCAGGAGAGCCAGAAAACCUUCACAUUGCAGAUAAAGGAAAGACAUUUGUCUAUCUAAAAUGGCGACGGCCUAGUUACGACGGUGGCAGCCCAAAUCUGUCAUACCACGUCGAGAGAAGGCUGAAGGGCUCUGCUGACUGGGAAAGAGUGCACAAAGGAAGUAUUAAGGAAACCCAUUACAUGGUUGACAAGUGCGUUGAAAACCAGAUUUAUGAGUUCAGAGUGCAAACUAAGAACGAGGGUGGAGAAAGUGACUGGGUAAGGACAGAGGAAGUUGUUGUGAAGGAAGACUUACAGAAGCCAGUCCUUGAUCUGAAAUUAAGCGGGGUGCUAACUGUCAAAGCAGGGGACACCAUUAGACUCGAGGCAGGUGUGAGAGGCAAACCAUUCCCAGAAGUGGCCUGGACCAAGGACAAGGAUGCUACAGAUCUUACAAGAUCACCAAGGGUCAAGAUUGAUACCAGUGCCGAAUCCUCGAAAUUCUCUUGUACCAAAGCCAAACGAAGCGACGGUGGUAAAUAUGUAGUCACGGCAACUAAUCCAGCCGGCAGUUUUGUGGCCUACGCUACUGUCAAUGUUUUAGAUAAGCCUGGACCUGUAAGAAACCUGAAAAUCACAGAUGUGUCCAGCGAUCGGUGUACUAUCCGCUGGGAUCCACCAGAAGAUGAUGGUGGCUGUGAAAUCCAAAAUUAUAUCCUGGAAAAGUGCGAGAGCAAGAGAAUGGUGUGGUCUACCUAUUCCGCUAAUGUCUUGACACCUGGUGCUACGGUGACCCGUCUCAUAGAAGGAAAUGAAUAUAUUUUCAGAGUCCGUGCAGAAAACAAAAUAGGCACAGGGCCUCCAACAGAAAGUAAACCCGUCAUAGCAAAAACCAAGUACGACAGACCCGGCCGCCCUGAUCCUCCGGAAAUCACCAAAGUGAGCAAAGAAGAGAUGACUGUGGUUUGGAAUGCCCCCGAAUACGACGGUGGGAAGUCUAUCACAGGGUACUAUUUGGAGAGAAAAGAAAAACACGCCGUCCGCUGGGUCCCUGUCAACAAGAGUGCCAUCCCCGAGAGGCGACUGAAAGUGCAGAAUCUCCUCCCAGGACAUGAGUAUCAGUUCCGUGUCAAGGCAGAAAAUGAGGUUGGCAUUGGAGAACCAAGCUUACCCUCAAGACCAGUAGUGGCAAAAGAUCCCAUAGAACCACCUGGCCCGCCAACCAAUUUCAAAGUGGUUGAUACAACCAAAAAUUCCAUAACUCUGGGAUGGGGAAAACCAGUCUAUGAUGGAGGUGCACCCAUAAUUGGAUAUGUUGUCGAGAUGAGACCCAAAAUAGCGGACGCCUCACCCGAUGAGGGCUGGAAAAGGUGCAACGCUGCCGCCCAACUUGUUCGCAUGGAAUUCACAGUCACCAGUUUGGAUGAAAACCAGGAGUAUGAGUUCAGGGUGUGCGCCCAAAAUCAAGUCGGUAUUGGGCGCCCUGCAGAGCUAAAGGAAGCCAUCAAACCUAAAGAAAUCCUCGAGCCUCCAGAGAUCGACUUGGAUGCCAGCAUGAGAAAACUGGUCGUCGUGAGAGCAGGCUGCCCCAUUCGGCUGUUUGCAAUAGUGAGAGGACGCCCCGCCCCCAAAGUCACGUGGCGCAAAGUGGGGAUUGAUAAUGUGGUCCGAAAAGGACAAGUCGAUCUCGUUGACACCAUGGCCUUCCUUGUCAUCCCCAACUCUACCCGUGAUGACUCAGGAAAAUACUCCUUGACCCUGGUGAACCCAGCAGGAGAAAAAGCCGUUUUUGUGAACGUCAAAGUACUAGAUACUCCUGGACCUGUGUCUGAUUUAAAAGUUUCGGAUGUCACGAAAACAUCCUGCCACGUGUCCUGGGGCCCUCCUGAAAAUGACGGCGGGAGCCAAGUGACACAUUACAUUGUGGAGAAGCGUGAGGCAGAAAGAAAAACAUGGUCAACAGUUACACCCGAAGUGAAGAAGACAAGCUUCAAUGUCACCAACCUUGUUCCCGGGAAUGAAUAUUACUUCCGAGUAACUGCUGUCAAUGAAUACGGCCCCGGGGUCCCAACAGAUGUCCCCAAACCUGUGCUUGCAUCAGAUCCUCUCAGUGAGCCGGAUCCUCCAAGAAAACUUGAAGUAACAGAAAUGACAAAGAACAGUGCUACGCUGGCCUGGUUACCUCCCCUGCGUGAUGGGGGUGCUAAAAUUGAUGGCUACAUCAUUAGUUACAGAGAGGAAGACCAGCCUGCAGAUCGCUGGACAGAGUACUCGGUGGUCAAAGACCUCAGCCUCAUUGUCACCGGCCUAAAGGAAGGAAAGAAAUACAAGUUCCGAGUUGCAGCGAGGAAUGCUGUCGGCGUCAGCCUGCCAAGAGAAGCCGAGGGCGUCUACGAAGCCAAAGAGCAGCUAUUGCCACCGAAGAUCCUCAUGCCCGAGCAGAUCACCAUCAAAGCUGGGAAGAAACUCCGAGUCGAAGCCCAUGUGUAUGGGAAGCCCAACCCCAUCUGUAAAUGGAAGAAAGGAGAGGACGAAGUUGUCACAUCCAGCCACCUGGCCAUCCAUAAAGCGGACAAUUCUUCGGUCCUGAUCAUAAAGGAUGUCACCAGGAAAGACAGUGGUUACUACAGCCUCACCGCAGAAAAUAGCUCGGGGACAGACACUCAGAAAAUCAAAGUUACAGUCAUGGACGCUCCUGGUCCGCCCCAGCCUCCAUUUGACAUUUCUGAUAUCGAUGCUGACGCUUGCUCCCUGUCUUGGCACAUCCCUCUUGAGGAUGGAGGCAGUAGCAUCACCAAUUACAUAGUAGAGAAGUGUGAUGUAAGCCGUGGAGAUUGGGUCACAGCUCUAGCUUCGGUCACCAAGACGUCCUGCAGGGUUGGCAAGCUGAUCCCCGGACAGGAGUAUAUCUUCCGGGUCCGUGCUGAAAACAGAUUCGGCAUUUCAGAGCCUCUCACAUCUCCAAAGAUGCUCGCUAAAUUCCCGUUCGAUGUUCCUAGUGAGCCAAAAAAUGCUCGAGUCACUAAAGUCAACAAAGACUGCAUAUUUGUUGCAUGGGACAGACCAGACAGUGAUGGAGGAAGCCCCAUCACUGGUUACCUGAUUGAACGCAAAGAAAGAAACAGUUUACUCUGGGUGAAGGCUAACGACACUGUCGUCCGGUCAACUGAAUAUCCUUGUGCUGGCCUUGUAGAAGAUCCCCCAGGGAAACCUGAAGUUGUUGACGUCACCAAGAACUCUGCCUCCCUUAUCUGGGCCCGUCCAAAGCACGACGGAGGCAGCAAAAUUAUUGGCUAUUUUGUAGAAGCUUGCAAGCUUCCUGGUGAUAAGUGGGUUCGGUGUAAUACCACACCUCACCAGAUUCCCCAGGAAGAGUACACAGCUACGGGGUUAGAAGAGAAUGCUCAAUAUCAAUUUAGAGCGAUUGCCAAGACUGCUGUGAACAUUAGCCAGCCUUCUGAGCCUUCCGACCCAGUGACUAUUCUUGCAGAAAAUGUUCCUCCCAGGAUAGAACUCAGUGUUGAAAUGAAGUCUCUGCUUACUGUGAAAGCUGGAACUAACGUCUGCUUGGAUGCUACUGUGUUUGGUAAACCAAUGCCAACAGUUUCCUGGAAAAAAGAUGGCACGCCAAUAAAACCAGUGGAAGGUAUAAAGAUGGCAAUGAAGCGGAACUUGUGCACCUUGGAGCUGUUCAGCGUGAACCGGAAGGACUCGGGAGACUACACCAUUACUGCCGAAAAUGCCAGUGGUUCCAAAUCAGCCACCAUUAAGCUCAAAGUACUAGAUAAACCAGGUCCUCCAGCAUCUGUCAAAAUCAACAAGAUGUAUGCGGAUCGUGCCAUGCUGUCUUGGGAACCUCCUCUCGAGGACGGAGGCUCAGAAAUCACCAACUACAUCGUUGACAAGCGGGAAACGAGCAGGCCUAACUGGGCUCAGGUCUCUGCCACUGUGCCCAUCACCAGCUGCACCGUGGAGAAACUUAUAGAGGGCCAUGAAUACCAGUUCCGUAUCUGUGCUGAAAACAAAUACGGAGUGGGUGACCCCAUCCUCACUGAGCCAGCGAUUGCUAAAAACCCAUACGACCCACCUGGACGCUGUGACCCUCCUGUCAUUAGCAAUGUCACUAAGGAUCACAUGACAGUCAGCUGGAAAGCCCCUGCCGAUGACGGUGGCUCACCUAUCACUGGAUACUUGGUUGAAAAGCGGGAAACUCAGGCAGUUAACUGGACUAAAGUCAACAGAAAACCUGUCAUAGAAAGAACGUUAAAAGCAACAGGUCUCCAGGAAGGCACUGAGUAUGAAUUCCGAGUCACUGCUAUAAAUAAAGCUGGACCCGGCAAACCCAGUGAUGCAUCCAAAGCCGUGUAUGCUCAGGACCCACUGUAUCCUCCUGGCCCACCAGCUUUCCCUAAAGUAUACGAUACCACCCGUAGCUCUGUGAGCCUAUCAUGGGGCAAGCCAGCCUUUGAUGGAGGCAGCCCCAUCAUUGGUUAUCUUGUGGAAGCCAAGCGAGCCGAUUCUGAUCACUGGGUAAGGUGCAAUUUACCAGAGAAGCUGCAGAAAACCCGCUUCGAGGUGACCGGCCUGAUGGAAAACACUGAGUAUCAGUUCCGCGUGUACGCUGUGAAUAAGAUCGGCUACAGUGACCCGAGUGAUGUACCAGACAAGCACUGCCCCAAGGACAUCCUAAUUCCACCCGAGGGAGAACUCGAUGCCGAGUUAAGAAAAACACUCAUUUUACGUGCUGGAGUUACCAUGAGACUCUACGUGCCCGUCAAAGGACGUCCACCACCAAAGAUCACUUGGUCGAAACCAAAUGUCAAUCUAAGAGAACGGAUUGGACUGGACAUAAAGUCCACCGACUUUGACACUUUCCUGCGCUGUGAAAACGUGAACAAGUACGACGCGGGGAAAUACAUCUUGACCUUGGAGAACAGCUGUGGGAAGAAGGAGUACACCAUUGUAGUCAAGGUGCUCGAUACUCCUGGGCCACCUGUCAAUGUGACGGUUAAGGAAAUAUCCAAGGACUCUGCAUACAUUACCUGGGAUCCCCCCAUUAUCGAUGGUGGGAGCCCCAUCAUCAACUACGUAGUUGAGAAGCGGGAUGCAGAGAGGAAAUCCUGGUCGACAGUGACCACUGAGUGCUCAAAGACAAGCUUCAGAGUCUCUAACUUGGAGGAGGGGAAAUCCUACUACUUCAGAGUGUUCGCUGAAAAUGAGUACGGCAUUGGGGAUCCGGGUGAGACACGGGAUGCCGUCAAGGCGUCAGAAACCCCGGGACCUGUUGUUGACCUCAAAGUGCUGGCCGUGACCAAGUCAUCCUGUACCAUUGGCUGGAAGAAGCCUCGCAGCGAUGGUGGGAGUAGAAUUACUGGCUACGUGGUCGAUUUCCUGACAGAAGAAAAUAAGUGGCAACGAGUUAUGAAGUCAUUGAGCCUACAGUACUCCGCCAAAGACCUGAAGGAAGGGAAGGAAUACACCUUCAGAGUGAGCGCUGAAAAUGAAAACGGAGAAGGAACCCCAAGCGAAAUCGUCGUCGUGGCAAAGGAUGACGUUGUGGCUCCUGAUCUUGACUUAAAGGAUCUACCUGAUUUGUGCUACUUGGCUAAAGAAAACAGCAACUUCCGCCUGAAGAUCCCCAUAAAGGGCAAGCCAGCACCGUCCGUGUCUUGGAAGAAGGGGGAGGAUCCUCUACCAACUGACACCAGAGUCAGUGUCGAGUCCACGGCAGUCAAUACGACUCUUGUAGUAUAUGACUGCCAAAAAUCCGACGCUGGGAAAUACACAAUCACGCUGAAGAACACUGCUGGCACCAAGGAAGGGACUCUCUCCAUAAAGGUUGUUGGCAAGCCUGGCAUCCCCACUGGACCAAUCAAAUUUGAUGAAGUCACAGCAGAAGCCAUGACCCUGAAAUGGGGUCCUCCGAAGGACGACGGAGGUUCUGAAAUCACCAACUAUGUCCUAGAGAAGAGAGAUUCUGUGAACAACAAGUGGGUGACAUGUGCUUCCGCUGUCCAGAAAACCACCUUCCGAGUCACUAGACUGCAUGAGGGUGUGGAGUACACCUUCAGGGUCAGUGCUGAAAAUAAAUACGGUGUGGGAGAAGGCCUCAAGUCCGAGCCAAUCGUUGCCAAGCACCCAUUUGAUGUGCCUGAUGCUCCACCACCUCCCAAUAUUGUGGAUGUCAGACAUGAUUCAGUGUCUCUAACAUGGACCGAUCCUAAAAAGACUGGUGGCUCACCAAUUACAGGGUAUCAUAUCGAAUUCAAGGAAAGAAACAGCCUUCUAUGGAAGAGAGCUAACAAGACUCCUAUAAGGAUGAAAGAUUUCAAAGUGACCGGAUUAACUGAAGGUCUUGAAUAUGAAUUCCGAGUUAUGGCUAUCAAUCUAGCAGGAGUGGGCAAGCCAAGCCUGCCCUCAGAGCCAGUUGUAGCCCUUGAUCCAAUUGAUCCUCCUGGAAAACCUGAGGUUAUUAGUGUAACAAGGAAUUCAGUGACUCUCAUCUGGACAGAACCCAAAUAUGACGGUGGCCAUAAAUUAACAGGGUACAUAGUAGAGAAGAGGGAUCUGCCGUCCAAGUCUUGGAUGAAGGCCAACCACAUUAAUGUUCCAGACUGUGCCUUCACUGUAACUGACCUUGUCGAAGGUGGAAAAUACGAGUUCAGAAUCCGAGCAAAGAACACAGCAGGUGCUAUCAGCGCUCCAUCAGAGAGCACAGGAACUGUCAUUUGCAAGGAUGAGUACGAGGCACCCACCAUUGUCCUUGAUCCCACAAUCAAAGAUGGGCUGACAGUUAAAGCAGGGGACACCAUUGUUUUAAGUGCCAUUAGCAUUCUUGGAAAACCCCUUCCAAAGUCAAGCUGGUCCAAGGCGGGAAAAGAUAUCAGACCAUCGGAUAUUGCCCAAAUAACUUCAACCCCAACAUCAUCCAUGCUGACAGUCAAGUACGCCACAAGAAAGGAUGCUGGUGAAUACACCAUCACUGCCACAAACCCUUUUGGCACAAAGGAGGAACACGUGAGGGUAUCGGUCCUUGAUGUACCUGGUCCCCCAGGUCCCAUUGAAAUCAGUAACAUUUCUGCUGAGAAAGCAACACUCACAUGGACACCUCCCUUGGAAGAUGGCGGAUCACCAAUUAAGGCUUACGUUCUUGAAAAGAGAGAAACCAGCCGGCUUUUGUGGACAGUGGUUUCUGAAGAUAUUCAGGCCUGCAGGCAUGUGGUAACCAAACUCAUCCAAGGAAACGAAUACCUUUUCCGCGUGUCGGCGGUAAACCAGUACGGCAAAGGAGAACCUGUUCAGUCUGAACCCGUCAAGAUGGUAGACAGAUUUGGUCCCCCGGGCCCUCCUGGAAAACCAGAGAUAUCAAAUGUCACGAAGAACACUGCCACUGUAAGCUGGAAGAGACCGACUGAUGACGGUGGCAGUGAGAUCACGGGUUAUCAUGUUGAAAGGAGGGAGAAGAAAGGCUUGAGAUGGGUGAGAGCCACAAAGACUCCAGUUUCUGACCUCAGGUGCAAAGUGACUGGGCUCCAAGAAGGAAACACCUAUGAGUUUCGUGUCAGUGCGGAGAACAGAGCGGGCAUUGGUCCACCGAGCGAUGCCUCAAACCCUGUUCUGAUGAAAGAUGUGGCCUAUCCUCCGGGACCACCUUCAAACGCGCAUGUCACCGAUACCACCAAGAAAUCAGCAUCUUUAGCAUGGGGCAAGCCUCAUUAUGAUGGCGGGCUUGAAAUCACUGGUUACAUAGUGGAGCAUCAGAAAGUAGGAGAUGAGGCCUGGAUUAAAGACACAACAGGAACAGCCCUCAGAAUCACUCAGUUUGUUGUUCCUGACCUUCAGACUAAAGAAAAGUACAACUUUAGAAUUAGUGCUGUCAAUGAUGCAGGCGUCGGGGAGCCAGCGGUGAUUUCAGAUGUUGAAAUCGUAGAGAAGGAAAUGGCUCCUGAUUUUGAGCUAGAUGCUGAGCUGCGCAGAACACUGGUGGUUAGGGCAGGACUCAGCAUUAGGAUUUUUGUGCCAAUUAAAGGUCGUCCUGCCCCUGAAGUGACAUGGACCAAAGAUAAUAUCAACCUGAAGCACCGAGCCAACAUCGAAAACACGGAGUCAUUCACUCUUCUCAUUAUCCCAGAAUGUAACAGAUACGACACUGGCAAGUUCGUGAUGACCAUCGAAAACCCAGCCGGGAAGAAGAGUGGCUUUGUCAACGUCAGAGUCCUAGACACCCCAGGUCCUGUCCUUAACCUAAGGCCGACAGACAUCACAAAGGACAGCGUCACCCUACACUGGGACCUCCCUCUGAUAGACGGGGGCUCGCGUAUAACAAACUACAUUGUGGAGAAACGCGAAGCAACGAGGAAAUCAUACUCCACCGUUACCACGAAAUGCCACAAGUGUACGUAUAAAGUAACUGGCUUGACAGAAGGCUGCGAAUACUUCUUCAGAGUGAUGGCAGAAAAUGAAUUUGGAAUCGGGGAGCCCUCGGAAACUACAGAGCCUGUAAGAGCCUCCGAAGCACCGUUGCCCCCAGACAGCCUUAACAUUAUGGACAUAACCAAGAACACAGUCAGCCUGGCAUGGCCCAAACCCAGGCAUGAUGGUGGCAGCAAGAUCACUGGCUACGUGAUUGAAGCCCAGAGGAAAGGGUCUGACCAGUGGACCCACAUCUCAACUGUGAAGGGGUUGGAAUGCGUGGUGAGGAAUCUGACUGAAGGAGAGGAAUAUACCUUCCAAGUGAUGGCGGUAAACAGUGCGGGCAGAAGUGCUCCCCGAGAAAGCAGACCCGUCAUCGUCAAGGAGCAGACGAUGCUUCCAGAGUUGGAUCUCCGUGGUAUCUACCAGAAGCUUGUCAUUGCCAGAGCUGGGGACAACAUCAAAGUUGAAAUUCCAGUACUUGGUCGACCCAAGCCCACAGUUACAUGGAAAAAGGGAGACCAAAUCCUUAAACAGACACAGAGAGUUAAUGUUGAAAACACAGCGACCUCAACCAUCUUAAAUAUCAAUGAGUGUGUCAGAAGUGAUAGCGGACCCUAUCCAUUAACAGCCAAGAACACUGUAGGAGAAGUUGGUGAUGUCAUAACCAUUCAAGUCCAUGAUAUCCCGGGACCACCUAAAGGACCAAUUAAAUUUGACGAAGUUUCUUCUGACUUUGUAACCUUCUCUUGGGAGCCACCGGAAAAUGAUGGCGGUGUCCCAAUAAGCAACUAUGUCGUAGAAAUGCGACAGUCAGACAGUACCACAUGGGUGGAGUUAGCAACGACUGUCAUCCGUACCACCUACAAAGCCACUCGCCUGACUACAGGAGUGGAGUACCAAUUCCGCGUCAAAGCGCAAAACAGAUACGGAGUCGGACCGGGAAUCACAUCUGCGUCCAUAGUUGCUAACUAUCCAUUUAAGGUGCCCGGGCCUCCCGGCACCCCUCAGGUUACUGCGGUCACCAAAGACUCGAUGACAAUUAGCUGGCACGAACCGCUUUCUGAUGGUGGCAGCCCCAUUCUAGGCUAUCACGUCGAAAGGAAAGAACGCAAUGGCAUUCUCUGGCAGACUGUGAGCAAAGCAUUGGUGCCAGGCAACAUCUUCAAAUCAACUGGACUUACAGAUGGCAUUGCGUAUGAGUUCCGCGUAAUUGCAGAAAACAUGGCGGGCAAGAGCAAACCCAGCAAGCCAUCGGAACCAAUGUUUGCUUUGGAUCCCAUCGACCCGCCCGGGAAACCAGUGCCUCUAAACAUCACGAGACACACAGUGACCCUUAAGUGGGCUAAGCCCGAAUACACAGGAGGCUUUAAAAUUACUAGUUAUGUGGUUGAAAAGAGGGACCUGCCUAACGGACGGUGGCUCAAGGCCAACUUCAGCAACAUCUUAGAGAAUGAGUUUACCGUCAGUGGACUAACCGAAGAUGCCGCAUAUGAGUUCCGGGUGAUUGCCAAAAACGCCGCAGGGGCCAUCAGUCCGCCAUCGGAGCCGUCAGACGCCAUCACAUGCAGGGAUGACCUUGAGGCACCAAGAAUCAUGGUGGAUGUUAAAUUUAAGGACACCAUCACCUUAAAGGCUGGUGAAGCCUUCAAGCUCGAAGCUGAUGUUUCAGGCCGCCCACCUCCAACCAUGGAGUGGGCUAAGGACGGCAAGGAGCUCGAGGGCACUGCAAAACUGGAAAUAAAAAUUGCGGACUUCUCCACACACCUCAUCAACAAGGAUUCAUCCAGGACAGACAGUGGGGCUUACAUCCUGACAGCGACCAACCCUGGUGGCUUUGCCAAGCACAUUUUCAAUGUCAGGGUUCUCGAUAGACCAGGACCACCUGAAGGACCCUUAGCUGUGUCGGAGGUGACAUCAGAAAAGUGUGUGUUGUCAUGGUUGCCUCCCCUGGAUGACGGAGGUGCCAAAAUCGAUCAUUACAUAGUGCAGAAGCGUGAAACCAGCAGGUUGGCCUGGACCAACGUUGCCACAGAAGUCCAAGUAACCAAGCUGAAGGUCACUAAGCUUCUGAAAGGCAAUGAGUACAUAUUCCGUGUCAUGGCUGUAAAUAAGUAUGGGGUUGGGGAACCCCUAGAGUCAGAGCCUGUGCUUGCAGUGGAUCCUUAUGGGCCACCUGAUCCACCCAAGAACCCUGAAGUCACCACCAUCACCAAAGACUCCAUGGUUGUCUGCUGGGGACAUCCCGACUCUGACGGUGGGAGUGAAAUCAUCAAUUACAUUGUGGAACGGCGUGAUAAAGCUGGCCAGCGCUGGGUAAAAUGCAACAAAAAGACUCUUACAGACCUAAGAUAUAAAGUGUCUGGGCUGACAGAAGGACAUGAAUAUGAGUUCAGAAUAAUGGCAGAAAACGCAGCUGGAAUUAGUGCACCAAGUGCCACCAGCCCAUUUUAUAAAGCCUGCGACACCGUGUUUAAACCUGGCCCACCAGGUAACCCACGUGUCCUUGACACAAGCAGGUCCUCCAUUUCGAUUGCAUGGAAUAAACCUAUCUACGAUGGAGGUUCUGAAAUCACUGGGUAUAUGGUUGAGAUUGCCCUGCCGGAAGAAGAUGAGUGGCAGGUUGUCACUCCCCCAGCUGGGCUCAAAGCAACUUCCUAUACCAUCACCAACCUCAUAGAGAAUCAGGAAUAUAAAAUCCGCAUCUAUGCCAUGAAUUCCGAAGGAGUUGGAGAACCUGCCCUUGUUCCCGGGACUCCAAAGGCAGAAGAAAGAAUGCUGCCUCCGGAGAUCGAACUGGACGCUGAGUUACGCAAAGUUGUGACUAUCAGAGCCUGUUGUACCCUGAGACUCUUUGUUCCCAUCAAGGGGAGACCAGCACCCGAGGUCAAGUGGGCUAGAGAGCAUGGAGAAUCAUUGGAUAAAGCUAGCAUUGAAUCCACAAGCUCUUAUACCCUGCUGAUCGUUGGCAAUGUUAAUAGGUUCGACAGCGGCAAGUACAUACUAACUGUAGAAAACAGCUCCGGCAGCAAGACUGCAUUUGUCAACGUUAGAGUGCUAGACACACCAGGCCCUCCACAGAACCUAAAGAUAAAGGAGGUCACAAAGACAUCGGUCACGCUGACGUGGGAGCCCCCUCUCCUCGAUGGAGGCUCAAAAAUAAAGAACUAUAUCGUUGAAAAGCGAGAGUCCACAAGAAAGGCGUAUUCGACGGUUGCGACAAACUGCCAUAAGACUUCCUGGAAAGUGGACCAGCUCCAGGAAGGCUGCAGUUACUAUUUCCGGGUGCUUGCUGAGAAUGAAUACGGCGUCGGACUGCCUGCUGAGACGGCAGAGUCUGUGAAGGCAUCGGAACGACCUCUCCCUCCAGGGAAGAUAACUCUGAUGGACGUCACAAGGAACAGUGUGUCUCUGUCUUGGGAGAAGCCAGAGCAUGACGGAGGCAGCCGAAUCCUUGGCUACAUCGUCGAGAUGCAGAGCAAAGGCAGCGACAAAUGGGCCACGUGUGCCACGGUGAAAGUCACGGAAGCCACCAUCACUGGGUUGAUUCAGGGCGAAGAAUACUCUUUCCGUGUUUCAGCGCAGAAUGAAAAGGGCAUCAGUGACCCCAGGCAGCUGAGUGUCCCGGUGAUUGCUAAAGACCUUGUGAUUCCGCCAGCCUUCAAACUCCUCUUCAAUACAUUCACUGUGCUGGCAGGUGAAGACCUAAAAAUCGAUGUCCCAUUCGUCGGCCGCCCAACACCGGCUGUCACCUGGCAAAAAGACGAUGUGCCGCUGAAGCAAACGACCAGAAUCAACGCAGAGAGCACAGAGAACAAUUCCCUGCUGACGAUAAAGGAAGCCUGCCGAGAAGACGUCGGCCAUUACACAGUCAAACUGACUAACUCAGCAGGUGAAGCCACAGAAACCCUUAAUGUCAUCGUUCUCGACAAACCAGGGCCUCCAACGGGACCGGUGAAAAUGGAUGAAGUGACAGCAGACAGUGUAACCCUUUCCUGGGAGCCACCCAAGUACGAUGGAGGAAGCUCCAUCAAUAAUUACAUCGUGGAGAAGCGGGACACCUCCACGACUACCUGGCAAAUUGUGUCAGCUACUGUUGCAAGAACAACCAUCAAGGCCUGCAGGCUCAAGACAGGGUGCGAAUACCAGUUCCGAAUCGCUGCUGAAAACAGAUACGGGAAGAGUACCUAUCUCAAUUCUGAGCCUGUUGUUGCUCAGUACCCAUUCAAAGUGCCGGGUCCACCGGGCACGCCAUUUGUCACUCUUGCCUCCAAAGACAGCAUGGAAGUACAGUGGCAUGAGCCAGUCAGUGACGGUGGGAGCAGAGUCAUUGGCUACCAUCUAGAACGCAAAGAAAGAAACAGCAUCCUCUGGGUCAAGCUGAACAAAACACCUAUUCCUCAAACCAAGUUCAAGACCACUGGCCUUGAGGAAGGUAUCGAAUAUGAAUUCAGAGUGUCUGCAGAGAACAUUGUAGGCAUCGGCAAGCCAAGUAAACCAUCAGAAUGUUACGUAGCUCGUGACCCAUGCGAUCCACCAGGACGGCCAGAGGCGAUCAUUGUCACAAGGAAUUCUGUGACUCUUCAGUGGAAGAAACCCACCUAUGAUGGCGGAAGCAAGAUCACUGGGUAUGUGGUUGAGAAGAAAGAAUUACCAGACGGCCGCUGGAUGAAAGCCAGCUUUACAAAUAUCAUCGACACCCAGUUUGAGGUAACUGGCCUGAUUGAAGAUCACAGAUAUGAAUUCCGGGUUAUAGCUCGAAACGCUGCCGGAGUGUUCAGUGAGCCCUCAGAAAGUACUGGGGCCAUAACAGCGAGAGAUGAGGUAGAGCCACCAAGGAUAAGCAUGGACCCCAAAUACAAAGACACAGUUGUGGUUCAUGCUGGUGAGUCAUUCAAGAUUGAGGCAGAUAUAUAUGGCAAGCCAAUCCCAACCACUCAGUGGGUAAAAGGUGACCAGGAACUUUCAAGCACAGCUCGGCUGGAAAUCAAGAGCACUGACUUUGCCACCAGUCUCGGUGUCAAAGACGCAGUACGUGUUGACAGUGGCAAUUACGUCCUGAAGGCCAAAAACGUGGCGGGAGAGAGAUCAGUUACUGUCAACGUCAAAGUUCUUGAUCGACCAGGACCACCUGAGGGACCUGUUGCCAUCUCAGGGGUGACAGCAGAAAAGUGCACACUGGCUUGGAAGCCCCCCCUUCAGGAUGGUGGGAGCGAUAUCACAAAUUACAUCGUGGAAAGGCGAGAAACCAGCCGCCUCGUCUGGACUCUGGUCGACGCCAAUGUGCAAACGCUCAGCUGCAAAGUGACGAAGCUUCUGGAAGGGAAUGAAUAUAUUUUCCGGAUAAUGGCCGUGAACAAAUAUGGUGUCGGUGAGCCUCUCGAAUCUGAGCCAUUACUUGCCAAGAAUCCAUUCGUGGUCCCAGAUGCACCCAAAGCUCCAGAGGUUACGACUGUGACCAAAGACUCAAUGAUUGUUGUGUGGGAAAGGCCGGCAUCUGAUGGCGGCAGUGAGAUUCUAGGAUAUGUUCUGGAGAAACGGGACAAAGAAGGCAUAAGAUGGACCAGAUGCCACAAGCGUCUGAUCGGAGAGCUGCGCUUGAGAGUAACUGGGCUCCUAGAAAACCACAAUUAUGAAUUCCGAGUCUCAGCUGAAAAUGCCGCUGGGCUCAGUGAGCCAAGCCCGCCUUCUGCUUACCAAAAGGCUUGUGACCCCGUUUAUAAGCCAGGCCCACCAAACAACCCCAAAGUCACCGAUGUUACCAGAUCUUCAGUGUUCCUUUCUUGGAGCAAACCUAUCUACGAUGGUGGCUGUGAAAUCCAGGGAUACAUCGUGGAAAAAUGUGACGUGAGUGUCGGCGAAUGGACCAUGUGCACGCCACCGACUGGAGUCAACAAAACUCACCUGGAAGUGGAGAAGCUGGUGGAAAAGCAUGAAUACAACUUCCGCAUCUGUGCCAUCAAUAAAGCUGGAGUGGGGGAGCAUGCCGACGUCCCUGGACCUGUACUGGUCGAAGAAAAGCUUGAGGCGCCCGAUGUAGACCUUGACCUUGAACUAAGGAAGGUUAUUAAUAUAAGGGCAGGUGGCUCCUUAAGGCUGUUUGUCCCAAUAAAAGGUCGUCCCACCCCAGAAGUCAAGUGGGGGAAAGUAGAUGGUGACAUCCGAGAUGCCGCUAUAAUUGACGUCACUAGCAGUUUCACGUCUCUUGUUCUUGACAACGUCAAUCGGUACGAUAGCGGGAAGUACACGCUCACGUUAGAGAACAGCAGUGGGACGAAAUCUGCCUUCGUGACCGUGAGGGUUCUGGACACGCCAAGCCCACCCGUCAACCUGAAAGUCACAGAAAUCACCAAAGACUCGGUAUCCAUUACGUGGGAGCCGCCUCUGUUGGAUGGUGGAUCAAAAAUUAAAAAUUACAUUGUUGAGAAACGUGAAGCCACAAGAAAAUCCUAUGCUGCUGUGGUGACGAACUGCCAUAAGAACUCCUGGAAAAUUGAACAGCUCCAAGAAGGCUGCAGUUACUACUUCAGAGUCACCGCGGAGAACGAAUAUGGUAUUGGCCUUCCCGCCCGCACUGCAGAUCCAAUCAAGGUUGCAGAAGUCCCACAGCCUCCAGGGAAAAUCACUGUGGAUGAUGUCACCAGAAACAGCGUCUCUUUGAGUUGGACAAAGCCUGAACAUGAUGGUGGCAGUAAAAUCAUUCAGUAUAUUGUAGAAAUGCAAGCGAAGAACACCGAUAAGUGGUCAGAGUGUGCUAGGGUGAAGUCGCUUGAAGCGGUUAUUACCAACCUAACUCAGGGAGCAGAAUAUCUCUUCCGAGUUGUUGCUGUAAAUGAAAAAGGAAGAAGUGACCCGCGGUCCCUUGCAGUUCCAAUAGUUGCCAAGGAUCUAGUCAUCGAACCAGAUGUGAGACCACCAUUCAGCAGCUACAGUGUCCAGGUUGGGCAAGAUUUGAAAGUAGAAGUACCAAUUUCCGGACGUCCUAAACCAACCAUUUCCUGGACCAAAGACGGGGUGCCGCUGAAGCAGACCACAAGAAUCAAUGUUACCGACUCCCUUGACCUUACCACCCUCAGUAUUAAAGAAACUCAUAAAGACGACGGCGGACAGUACGGAAUCACAGUUGCCAAUGUCGUGGGUCAGAAAACAGCAACCAUUGAAAUUAUUGCUCUAGAUAAGCCUGAUCCUCCAAGAGGGCCUGUUAAAUUUGAUGAAGUCAGUGCAGAGAGUAUUACAUUAUCUUGGGAGCCUCCCUUAUACACAGGGGGUUGCCAAAUAACCAAUUACAUUGUUCAGAAAAGAGAUACAACCACCACAGUAUGGGAUGUCGUCUCUGCCACUGUUGCCAGAACUACACUCAAAGUAACCAAACUGAAAACUGGUACAGAAUACCAAUUCAGAAUAUUUGCUGAAAACCGAUAUGGACAAAGCUUUGCUUUAGAGUCAGAACCAAUUGUAGCUCAGUAUCCCUACAAAGAACCAGGCCCUCCGGGGACACCAUUUGCCACGGCCAUCUCCAAAGACGCUAUGGUCCUCCAAUGGCAUGAACCAAUCAACAAUGGUGGAAGCCCAGUCAUAGGUUACCACCUUGAGAGAAAGGAAAGGAAUAGCAUUUUGUGGACAAAAGUCAACAAAACUAUCAUUCAUGACACCCAGUUUAAAGCCUUGAACCUUGAAGAAGGCAUUGAGUACGAAUUUAGAGUUUACGCGGAGAAUAUUGUCGGUGUCGGCAAGGCAAGCAAGAAUUCUGAAUGCUAUGUAGCCCGCGACCCCUGCGACCCGCCAGGAACCCCAGAAGCAAUCAUAGUUAAGAGAAAUGAAAUCACACUGCAGUGGACCAAGCCUGUGUAUGACGGUGGAAGUAUGAUCACCGGUUACAUCGUAGAGAAACGUGAUUUACCUGAAGGUCGCUGGAUGAAAGCCAGUUUUACGAAUGUCAUUGAAACUCAAUUCACUGUGUCGGGUCUCACUGAAGAUGAAAGAUACGAAUUCAGAGUCAUUGCAAAGAAUGCAGCUGGCGCAAUAAGUAAGCCCUCUGAUAGCACUGGGCCAAUAACAGCCAAGGAUGAGGUUGAACUCCCACGGAUUUCAAUGGAUCCAAAAUUCAGAGACACAAUAGUGGUAAAUGCCGGAGAAACAUUCCGACUGGAGGCUGACGUCCAUGGAAAGCCCCUACCCACCAUCGAGUGGCUAAGAGGAGAUAAGGAGAUUGAAGAAUCAGCUAGAUGUGAAAUAAAAAACACAGAUUUCAAAGCUUUACUUAUUGUAAAAGAUGCCAUUCGAAUCGACGGCGGACAGUAUAUUUUGAGGGCCUCUAAUGUUGCCGGUUCUAAGUCAUUCCCAGUGAAUGUGAAAGUGCUUGACAGACCAGGCCCUCCGGAAGGGCCAGUUCAGGUUACUGGAGUCACGUGUGAAAAAUGCACUUUGGCAUGGUCUCCACCACUUCAAGAUGGCGGCAGUGACAUUUCUCACUAUGUUGUUGAGAAGCGAGAAACCAGUCGACUCGCAUGGACCGUGGUUGCUUCAGAAGUUGUGACUAACUCUCUGAAAGUUACUAAGCUCUUGGAAGGGAAUGAAUAUAUUUUCCGAAUAAUGGCUGUCAACAAGUAUGGUAUUGGCGAACCUCUGGAGUCUGCGCCAGUACUCAUGAAAAAUCCAUUUGUGCUUCCUGGACCACCAAAGAGCUUAGAAGUCACAAACAUUGCCAAAGACUCUAUGACGGUCUGCUGGAAUCGGCCAGACAGUGAUGGCGGAAGUGAGAUUAUUGGUUACAUCGUGGAGAAGAGAGACAGGAGUGGCAUUCGCUGGAUAAAGUGCAACAAACGCCGCAUUACAGAUUUGCGGCUCAGGGUAACGGGAUUAACGGAAGAUCAUGAAUAUGAAUUCAGAGUCUCCGCAGAAAAUGCUGCGGGAGUUGGAGAGCCGAGCCCAGCUACUGUUUACUACAAGGCUUGUGAUCCCGUGUUCAAACCUGGCCCGCCCACCAAUGCACAUGUUGUAGACACCACCAAAAACUCAAUCACUCUUGCCUGGAGCAAACCUAUCUAUGAUGGCGGCAGUGAGAUCCUGGGCUACAUCGUCGAAGUCUGCAAAGCAGACGAAGAAGAAUGGCAAAUAGUUACUCCACAGACUGGCCUGAGAGUCACUCGAUUCGAAAUUUCCAAACUCACUGAACACCAAGAAUAUAAAAUACGAGUCUGUGCCCUCAACAAAGUUGGUUUAGGCGAGGCCGCCUCCGUUCCUGGUACUGUGAAACCGGAAGAUAAACUUGAAGCUCCUGAACUGGACCUCGACUCUGAGUUAAGAAAAGGCAUCAUUGUGAGAGCCGGAGGAUCUGCCAGAAUCCACAUCCCAUUCAAAGGCCGGCCCACACCUGAGAUCACGUGGUCUAAGGAGGAAGGGGAAUUCACAGAUAAGGUCCAGAUUGAGAAGGGCAUGAACUUUACCCAGCUCUCAAUAGACAACUGCGAUAGAAACGACGCUGGGAAGUACGUUCUCAAGCUGGAGAACAGCAGCGGGUCCAAGUCGGCUUUUGUGACCGUGAAAGUCCUUGACACCCCAGGACCCCCGCAGAAUUUAGCUGUCAAAGAAGUGAGAAAAGACUCUGUCCUUCUGGUAUGGGAACCACCUCUCAUUGACGGUGGGGCAAAGGUCAAGAACUAUGUAAUCGACAAGCGCGAGUCAACCCGAAAGGCCUAUGCCAAUGUGAGCAGUAAAUGCAGUAAAACCAGCUUUAAAGUUGAGAAUCUGACCGAGGGAGCCAUCUACUACUUCAGAGUCAUGGCUGAGAACGAAUUCGGAGUUGGGGUCCCCGCGGAAACCUCUGAUGCCGUGAAGGCUUCUGAACCUCCUUCCCCGCCAGGAAAGGUGACGCUCACCGACGUGUCCCAGACCAGUGCAUCACUCAUGUGGGAGAAGCCCGAACAUGACGGCGGUAGCAGAAUCCUGGGGUACGUGGUUGAAAUGCAGCCCAAAGGAACGGAAAAAUGGAGCGUAGUGGCUGAAUCCAAAGUCUGUAACGCGGUCGUUACUGGUCUGAGCUCGGGACAAGAAUAUCAGUUCCGCGUCAAAGCUUACAACGAGAAAGGGAAGAGUGAUCCAAGGGUGCUCGGCGUCCCUGUCAUCGCCAAGGACUUGACUAUACAGCCCAGUUUUAAGCUGCCAUUUAAUACAUACAGUGUCCAAGCAGGAGAGGAUCUGAAAAUAGAAAUUCCAGUUAUAGGCCGACCAAGACCGAAAAUUUCUUGGGUCAAGGAUGGUGAGCCUCUGAAACAGACCACAAGAGUAAACGUGGAAGACACAGCUACUUCGACCAUUCUACACAUCAAGGAAAGUAGCAAGGACGACUUCGGAAAAUACAGCGUCACCGCGACUAACAGUGCGGGCACAGCCACAGAAAACCUCAGCAUCAUCGUUUUGGAAAAGCCUGGCCCUCCAGUUGGACCAGUGAAGUUUGACGAAGUCAGUGCAGACUUUGUGGUCAUAUCUUGGGAACCUCCAGCCUAUACUGGCGGGUGCCAGAUAAGCAACUACAUCGUCGAGAAGCGAGAGACCACCACCACCACCUGGCAGAUGGUCUCGGCAACGGUUGCCAGAACCACCAUUAAAAUUGGCAAACUGAAAACAGGCAGUGAAUACCAGUUUAGGAUUUUUGCUGAGAACCGGUAUGGGAAAAGCACUCCCUUGGACUCGAAGCCAGUUGUGGUACAGUAUCCAUUUAAAGAACCUGGACCACCUGGAACCCCCUUUGUGACAUCUGUCUCCAAAGACCAGAUGCUUGUGCAAUGGCACGAGCCAGUUAAUGACGGAGGCAGCAAAGUUAUUGGCUACCAUCUUGAGCAGAAGGAGAAGAACAGCAUUCUGUGGGUCAAGCUCAAUAAGAUCCCCAUCCAGGAUACCAAGUUCAAAACAACUGGGCUUGAUGAGGGGCUUGAGUAUGAGUUCAGAGUCUCCGCGGAGAACAUCGUGGGCAUUGGCAAGCCUAGCAAAGUGUCAGAGUGCUAUGUUGCGCGUGACCCAUGUGACCCACCCGGCCGUCCCGAAGCCAUCGUUAUCACGAGAAAUAGCGUCACCCUGAAAUGGAAGAAACCUGCUUAUGACGGUGGCAGCAAGAUAACCGGCUAUGUCGUAGAAAAGAAAGACCUCCCUGAUGGCCGAUGGAUGAAAGCCAGCUUCACCAAUGUGGUGGAGACCGAAUUCGCAGUGACUGGGCUCGUAGAAGACCAAAGAUAUGAAUUUAGAGUAAUCGCAAGAAACGCGGCUGGCAACUUCAGCGAGCCCUCUGAGAGCAGUGGUGCUAUCACUGCAAGGGAUGAAAUCGAUGCACCAAAUGCCUCACUGGAUCCAAAGUACAGAGAUGUCAUCGUUGUGCAUGCAGGGGAGACCUUUGUUCUCGAAGCUGAUAUCCGUGGCAAACCUAUCCCUGAUAUCGUUUGGUCCAAGGAUGGGAAUGAACUUGAAGAAACAGCUGCUCGAAUGGAAAUUAAAUCUAGUCUCCAGAAAACAACUCUCAUUGUGAAAGACUGCAUCCGUACUGAUGGAGGGCAGUAUACCUUGAAACUCAGCAACGUCGGUGGCACCAAGACCAUACCUAUCACUGUAAAGGUGCUGGACAGGCCAGGGCCUCCUGAAGGACCCCUUAAAGUCACUGGAGUUACAGCCGAAAAGUGUUACCUGGCAUGGAGCCCACCUUUGCAAGAUGGUGGUGCUAGUAUUUCUCAUUACAUCAUCGAAAAGAGAGAAACAAGCAGACUCUCCUGGACCCAGGUUUCAACUGAGGUGCAGGCCCUUAACUACAAAGUCACCAAGUUACUUCCUGGGAACGAGUACAUUUUCCGGGUCAUGGCAGUGAAUAAGUAUGGAAUCGGAGAGCCCCUGGAAUCUGAGCCUGUGAUAGCCUGUAAUCCUUAUAAGCGUCCAGGCCCUCCUUCAACACCUGAGGCCUCAGCCAUCACCAAAGAUUCCAUGGUGCUGACGUGGACACGCCCAGUGGAUGAUGGAGGUGCUGAGAUUGAGGGGUACAUUCUCGAAAAGCGAGACAAGGAAGGAAUAAGAUGGACCAAGUGUAACAAGAAAACAUUGACAGACCUUCGGUUCAGGGUAACUGGCCUCACAGAAGGUCAUUCCUAUGAAUUCAGAGUCGCCGCUGAGAAUGCCGCCGGCAUUGGGGAACCCAGCGAGCCAUCUGUUUUCUACCGGGCAUGCGAUGCCUUGUAUCCACCGGGUCCACCAAGUAACCCCAAAGUGACAGAUACUUCUAGAUCUUCUGUCUCCUUAGCAUGGAAUAAGCCAAUUUAUGAUGGCGGUGCACCUGUUCGAGGCUAUGUUAUCGAGCUCAAAGAAGCUGCCGCUGAUGAAUGGACAACCUGCACGCCACCAUCAGGACUACAAGGGAAGCAGUUCACGGUGACCAAGCUUAAAGAGAAUACUGAGUACAAUUUCCGUAUCUGUGCUUUCAAUACUGAAGGUGUAGGCGAACCCGCAACCAUCCCCGGCUCUGUUGUUGCUCAGGAGAGGGCAGAGCCCCCAGAAAUCGAACUCGACGCUGAUCUCAGGAAGGUGGUCACUCUCCGGGCAAGCGCCACCUUGCGCUUAUUUGUCACUAUCAAAGGUCGGCCAGAACCUGAAGUCAGAUGGGAAAAGGCUGAUGGUAUUCUCACGGAGAGGGCCCAGAUCGAGGUGACUAGUUCGUAUACAAUGCUGGUGAUUGACAAUGUGACCAGAUUUGACAGCGGGAGAUACAACCUCACCCUGGAAAACAACAGCGGCUCCAAAACAGCCUUUGUCAAUGUUAGAGUUCUUGACUCACCAAGUGCACCCGUGAAUCUGACUGUGAGAGAAGUAAAGAAAGACUCGGUGACACUGUCCUGGGAGCCACCGCUUAUUGACGGCGGAGCCAAGAUUACAAAUUAUAUCGUUGAGAAACGAGAAACUACAAGAAAAGCUUAUGCGACUAUUACAAACAACUGCACUAAGAACACUUUCAAAAUUGAGAAUCUACAAGAAGGGUGCUCUUAUUACUUCCGAGUCCUGGCUUCCAAUGAAUAUGGGAUUGGAUUACCAGCCGAAAUAGCAGAACCUAUAAAAGUAUCUGAACCACCACUCCCCCCUGGAAGGGUGACCCUUGUCGAUGUGACCCGCAACACAGCUACAAUUAAGUGGGAGAAACCAGAAAGCGAUGGUGGCAGCAAAAUCACGGGCUAUGUCGUCGAGAUGCAGACAAAGGGCAGUGAGAAGUGGAGCACAUGCACGCAAGUGAAGACGCUAGAAGCAACCAUUUCUGGCCUGACUGCGGGAGAAGAGUACGUCUUCAGGGUAGCCGCGGUUAAUGAGAAAGGAAGGAGCGACCCGAGACAGCUCGGAGUGCCUGUCAUUGCGAAAGAUAUUGAAAUAAAGCCUUCGGUUGAGCUUCCUUUCAAUACUUUCAACGUUAAGGCUAAGGACCAACUCAAAAUUGACAUACCAUUUAAAGGAAGACCUCAAGCUACUGUAACCUGGAAAAAAGAUGGCCAGGUUCUUAGAGAGACCACUAGAGUCAAUGUAUCGUCCUCAAAGACGGUAACAACCCUUUCUAUUAAAGAAGCCUCAAGAGAAGAUGUUGGAACUUACGAACUGUGUGUUUCCAAUUCUGCUGGAUCCAUAACGGUUCCAAUUACUGUCAUUGUCCUUGACAAGCCAGGACCUCCAGGACCCAUACGCAUUGAUGAAGUUAGUUGUGACAAUGUGUCCAUUUCUUGGAAUCCUCCAGAAUAUGAUGGUGGCUGCCAAAUUAGCAACUACAUUGUUGAGAAGAGGGAAACCACGUCUACCACAUGGCAGGUAGUUUCACAAGCGGUGGCGAGAACAUCCAUCAAAAUAGUCCGCUUGACAACAGGAAGUGAGUAUCAGUUCCGUGUUUGUGCAGAGAAUCGGUAUGGAAAGAGUUCCUACAGCGAAUCCUCCGCGGUGGUUGCUGAGUAUCCAUUCAGCCCCCCAGGGCCUCCUGGCACUCCCAAAGUUGUGCAUGCCACGAAAUCUACCAUGAUCGUAACUUGGCAGGUGCCAGUUAACGACGGAGGAAGCCAAGUCAUUGGCUAUCACCUUGAAUACAAAGAAAGAAGCAGCAUUCUCUGGUCAAAGGCAAACAAAGUCCUCAUUUCAGAUACGCAGAUGAAAGUCUCCGGUCUUGAUGAGGGGCUGAUGUAUGAGUACCGGGUAUACGCUGAGAAUAUUGCUGGCAUUGGUAAAUGCAGUAAAGCAUGUGAACCAGUCCCUGCAAGGGAUCCCUGUGACCCUCCGGGGCAACCUGAGGUCACCAAUAUCACAAGAAAAUCGGUAUCACUUAAGUGGGCGAAACCACGUUACGAUGGUGGAGCUAAGAUCACCGGAUACAUUGUCGAGCGCAGGGAAUUGCCUGAUGGCAGGUGGCUCAAAUGCAAUUUCACUAAUGUGCAGGAGACGUACUUUGAAGUAACUGAGCUCACUGAAGACCAGCGUUAUGAAUUCCGAGUUUUUGCAAGAAACGCCGCUGACUCGGUUAGCGAACCAUCCGAAUCCACUGGACCUAUUACAGUCAAAGACGACGUCGAGGCACCAAGAAUUAUGAUGGAUGUCAAAUUCCGAGACGUCAUUGUUGUCAAAGCUGGAGAGGUCCUUAAGAUAAAUGCAGACAUUGCAGGACGACCACUGCCAGUCAUUUCCUGGGCCAAGGAUGGGGUAGAAAUUGAAGAAAGGGCAAAAACAGAAAUUGUCUCAACAGACUAUCAUACCACGUUAACAGUUAAAGACUGUGUGAGACGAGACACUGGGCAGUACGUGCUUACACUGAAGAACGUUGCAGGAACUCGGACUAUGGCGGUUAACUGUAAAGUGCUGGAUAAGCCUGGCCCACCAGCAGGACCUCUUGAAAUAACUGGCCUCACAGCGGAGAAGUGCUCCCUUUCCUGGGGACGUCCCCAAGAAGACGGUGGUGCUGAUAUCGACUAUUACAUUGUAGAAAAGCGUGAAACAAGCCGCCUCGCGUGGACAAUAUGUGAAGCCGAGUUGAGGACGACAUCUUGUAAGGUGACCAAGCUACUCAAAGGCAAUGAAUACAUCUUUAGAGUAACGGGUGUUAAUAAAUAUGGUGUCGGCGAGCCCCUAGAGAGCGUGCCUGUGAAGGCACUAGAUCCGUUCACCGUUCCUAGUCCACCCACAUCUUUGGAAAUUACAUCUGUGACCAAAGAUUCCAUGACACUUUGCUGGUCAAGACCUGAGACUGACGGAGGCAGUGACAUCUCUGGAUACAUAAUUGAAAGACGUGAGAAAAACAGCCUACGGUGGGUGCGUGUGAAUAAAAAACCAGUCUACGAUCUGAGAGUGAAGUCAACAGGACUCCGGGAAGGAUGUGAAUACGAGUAUCGGGUUUUCGCCGAAAACGCUGCCGGCCUGAGUCUUCCAAGUGAAACGUCUCCCUUAGUUCGAGCGGAAGAUCCCGUGUUCCUGCCAUCUCCUCCAUCCAAACCCAAAAUUGUAGACUCGGGCAAAACAACCAUCACCAUUGGUUGGGUGAAGCCUCUGUUUGAUGGUGGGGCGCCAAUAACGGGAUACACGGUAGAAUACAAAAGGUCUGACGAGGAUGACUGGAAGGCUGCCAUCCAGAGCUUCAGAGGCACAGAAUACACACUGAGUGGGCUAACCACUGGAGCUGAGUACAUCUUCAGAGUGAGGUCUGUCAAUAAGGUCGGUGCCAGUGACCCCAGUGACAGCUCCGACCCCCAGGUAGCCAAAGAAAGAGAAGAAGAACCUGUAUUUGAUGUCGACAGUGAAAUGAGGAAGACUUUGGUUGUCAAGGCCGGAUCCUCAUUUACCAUGACUGUACCUUUCAGAGGAAGACCCAUCCCCAACGUCUCCUGGAGUAAGCCUGACACUGACCUCCGCACAAGAGCAUACAUUGACUCCACAGAAUCUCGUACAUCACUCACCAUUGAGAAUGCCACCCGCAACGAUUCUGGAAAGUACACGCUAACAAUUCAGAAUGUUUUGAGUGCUGCUUCGAUGACCUUCGUUGUCAAAGUUUUAGAUUCCCCAGGACCUCCAGCCAAUGUUACUGUACGUGAAGUAACCAAGGAGACUGCUGUGCUGUCCUGGGAUGUUCCUGAAAAUGAUGGUGGAGCACCCGUGAAGAAUUACCACAUAGAAAAACGAGAGGCCAGCAAGAAGGCAUGGGGUAUCUGUCACUAA